AGCUCGUAGUCUGUCAGCGCUCGAGCCAUACAGCAGGCAGCAGCAGCACACCCCUGAGCCGGUCAGUAGCCUUCAUAUCCCCUUUUACUCUGCUCCAGCGCCUGCACUCCAGCUCCUGCUGCACUGCGCGCCAGGACUCUUAUUACUCCUUGGACCUUGGAUUUUCAUGCUUUAUUCCCUCAUAGGAUUUAAAAUCAAAUACAACCAGGUUUUUUUUAUUUAUAGCAGCGGGACAGACUCGACGACAACGGGGCAUAGAGCGGAGAUAAGAAGAGUGAGGCUGCAGCACCUUCCAUAACCUAAGACAUCGGUCAUUUUUAAGCACGAGUGGACACUACUUUGGAUUACUUUUGCAUUCAGUUUCUGCCUGAAAUAGAACUAGAGUAAUUUCCCACCUGGCUCUCUGUAUAUAUCGCUCUCUUUUAAGGGGAUAAUUCAAGCCUCACUGUUGCGCUGAGCGGGCGCCGAGCACUUCUGUGCGCUUUGUGCAGAUCACAGCCACGGAAAUAAAAGCAGUUAGACCUGAAGGAGAGAAAGAAUAUUAAGGAUUUGAGGAAGUGUUGAUUCUUUUAUCUGAGCUUUGCGCGUCUUGAACUCGGAAAAAAAAACCUGCAGCCUGGAUCAGGAUGCCUCACAGCUGAAACCAUUAGUCCGGGACUCUUGUGUUUACAUUUUAUCGCACGGACUUCCAUCUCCACCCUGGACCAGGAAAGGACCUGAAUUAUGAUCAUGAGUCCUGGCGGUGCGAUGUUGAUCCUGCUUCCGGUGUUAUGCCUGCUCCCUGGAGCCUCCCGGGCAGCGACUCUGGCCGGACUGGGAGGUGAGUGCAACAACGACAACAAAACUCCAGUGGGCAACAGUAGCGGUGAUUUGAGUGCUUCCUGAGUGGAUUUCUCAUUUUUGCAACUUUGAUCACGCUUACAUGCUGUGUUUUGAAUUAAGGUUGAGUAUUACUCUAUUAUAUGCUAAAUGAGAGGGGUAAAGGUGACUUCCUCAUUGAUAAUGAUGAUGACAGUGAUCACAACAAUGUCAUGUGUAGGGCCAGACCAUUACGCAAAUGUUGCCAUGUGUCAACUGAAAUAUCUCCCCCUGACACCUCUAUAAGUAUCUAAGUAUGGCAGGUAUGAACCAACAUAGAUUCACCCACACCUGGACUCUUCCUGCAUCCUCAGUCUGUGCUCCACGCUGCUGUUUUGCGCACGCGGGGCGCGGUGCCAAAGAGCUGCCUUCUGCCUUUAUUAUGGCUUGAUAAAUGGUCAUGCUGGCGAAGCAAGGAGGUGCCAGACUCUUUCUGCUUCACGGCAAGAACUUGUGCAGACUGUGAAGAAGCACCAUGCCUGCUGUUUCAUCUAGACAAGUAGUGGUUUCCUCAAAUCCACUUACUGUUUGUUGGGAAAUUGCCUUUUCAUUUGUCCUGAUCCUGGAGCCAGAGGUGGGGAUCAGUGUCUCUGUAAAGGCUGGCAGGGAUUCAGAUUUAUCAGAGAGGGCUCUUUGGCUCGCUGAACAGCCCAGACUCUUCUUGAAAAGUGGAUUGGGCGUCUCGCUCACUACUAUACUCAAAAAUGUUGAGUGGAGAAAUAAUGAAGGGUGAGAGAGAGGACCAGACACAGAUCGGGAUAAGAGCGAAUAGAAGAGAAGCUCAGCUCUCUAACAAGCAGCCUUUGUGCUGGGACUGUUGGGGUCAGCAGCACGGACACGCCAGCCUUCCUGUUUCCUGGAAACUGACUGACACUUAAACUGGAAAACAUAAAAUGAGAGGGGACAUCCAUCACAAAAUAAAAGAUUAUUGGGUUUCAGUCAAAGAGGGCUUUUGUUGUGACCCUUGGGAUAUUGGAUUGCAUCUGCACGAGUGUGACAGUAUGAAUAUGUCCUUCUUUGUAAUCUAGUAUAUUCUAAAUCUGACCCUAAUGCUUUCUUCAUAAUCCCACAUAGUCCCUCUUUUUUCAUCAUCUUUUUGUCUUAUUUUACUUCUCUACCCCUCGAUGGGGUUUACACCCAUAUCCAGAAAAAAUGUAGAGAUUGCGUCACUGAAUGUCCAUUGACCAUUAGCCCGCACCCCAGUCACCUGACUGUUUUAAUGGGCUUUGCUCAGACGUUGUUCUCUGCAUCAGAGCCUUAAUGUGCUCUAACCCUUUUGUUUUUUCAGCCUGUGAUCUACCUUCACCCUGUUUUCCAUGGAUCCAGACUCAUUUGUUUUUGUUUUUUUUUUCAUACAGUGUCUGUGAGUUAGCUCCUCAUCUGUGUGUGUUAUUAUGCAACUUUGGCCAGUGGUAUGCUGGCCCCACUACAAAUAGUUUGGAGAGAGUGCCAAUAAACAGAAAUGAGAAGAAGGAAAACACUCAGAUAGACACUGACACUAAGACACUGAGAUAACAGUCUGCUUGUUUAUGGGAGUCAGUUGUUUUCAGCAUUUUCUGUGGUUGAAAAUCCAUCAAUAUUUGUAGUCCUUGUUUGGAAAGAUAGAGAACAUGCUUAUCUCUUGCAGUAUUCAAAGCAGUUUCGAACCUUGUUGAGAUGUUUUUUCCUGAGUGUGCAAGAAGAAGAGACUCUUUUAUAAAGUGGUGAUGCCUGUGUGUAUAUUGGUGUGAGUAUGUUAAGCCAAGUUUGAUUAUAUGGUUAUUUAAUCUGCAAAAACAAAAGGAAAAUAGUUGAAAGGGAGAAAAAAUCUGUUGCAAAAGCUAAAGAAAAAGAAAUUCAUUUUGUUUUCAUGGGUGGACUUUCCUCGCUGAUGUAUAAUGAAUGGUCCCCUAAUUUUUAAAAAUACUUUCAUUUCAAAAAGUCAUUGAAGCCCUUGUGUUUUUUUUUUUCUACCACAUUAUUUGGGUUUGUUGGUCUUGCAAGAUUUAAUACCGAAUAGUUUGUCGCUAAUUAGACUGAUGUGGAAACACUGAAACUGUCUGGCUCAGGAUUUGGAAAGAAGUCGUAAAACUUCUCGGUUGAAAUUACUCAGCAUAAUGAAGUUACCACCCAAGUGCUGGAUUUUCACUUGAAGAGGUGGCAAACAAGCUCAUUUACUUUAUAAUUUUCUGUUCAUGAAUAGUUUAGCAUUUUGGCUCGGCAGCACAAUUACAAGGUGCACAUUUGUGUCACGAUGCUUUAGUUGUAAACAAGAUUUUAAGAUCAAAACAUGUGAGUGUCAAAAGGUUUCUGUACUGUAUGUAGAAACAAGAACUACUGUAUAACCAGAACACACUGUAUAUAAAUGUGGCUUAACAGUAGAGCUGCAUUGAUUGGACAUUUAUUCCAUAAUCGCUCAACAGGUUCUCUUGGGAAAUUUGAGCUGUUUUUAGCUUAAAUCUAAAGAUUCGCUGUCAGAUUUGGAACAAAAAAUAAUCACUUUGAGACCACACCAUUGGUCUUUUUGAUGUGCACCUGACUACUAUGACAUUAGGGGAUUUUUUUUGAUUCUGAAAAUACCAACAAGGUUGACUGAUUUGAGCUACAUGUCAGUGUGCUAGUCUGUUUUGACUGGAUCAGAAAAUGCUUAAGAAUGCUUGCCCCAGUUAGUUUCACUGGUCUAGCGGGGGAUUUAAUGCUCCUCACAUGAAACUCAUUAGGGUGUCGGCACACAGGGGAGGGCCAGGCUCCCAGCAGUGCACUGACAGCAUAAAUCAGGGCUAUUUACAUUGAAGUAGGGAGCUACGUCUAAUGCGAUCGGCUUGGAUAGUCAGAAUCUGUACAGGUAUUUAAGGUUUUAGUCUGUUAGGCCACCCAGUGUCCAUCUCCUGUACCACCAACUCAUCUGAGAAAUCAGUUUCCCUUUCUGCUCAAAAGGACAAUACUUGUUCUUUGUUUACAGCCAACAGGAGCUUUACUGAAUCUCUUCUCACCCCAGCAGAUUUCAGUGAGCAGGAGAUUUUAUUACUCUAUUGUAGUUUCCUGUUUUUAAGCCAACAUUUGCACUUGGCUUACAGUGAAGUAUGUUAGUGUGUGGGUGGAUGGAUGGGAGUCCCUUACAACAAAGACUAAACAAAGCAGGCUGGAGUACAGUAAGGCUCUUUUUUUACAGUAUGCUGUUGUGCGUUGGGAGGGUUAUGAGUGACUGUUAUCUGGUUGAGGUUUCUCAUGAAUUAAAACUGUUGCUUCACGAUAAAAAAACACUAAUAGUUGAACAAAGAGGUAUCCAUCAGUGCUGAAGGUUUGGCUAUCAAGCUGAUUGAAUUUCUUCUUUCUUCUAGAAAAACAAAAAACAGCGCUGUCACUGAAAGGUGUUUGUGAACUCAAAUUAGCUUUUUUUUUAAUGCAGAAAAUGAGCGUAACAGCCAUCUUUGGGGUUAUGUUGUUGAACAGAGUCCUUUUUGAUCCUCUAAAAGCAAACGAAGCCGUAAAAAUAUGAAUUUUUAACAUUGUUGUAUAGAAAUGAAGACACAUUUCUGGAGGAGGGUGUUCACUUUGGCUAGCUCUUUAUUUAUGUCAUGACUAUUUCUUUUUAAACACUGCCAUCAUCCGUAAAGAGAGUGAUACAUGCAACAUAUGGUAUUUUAUCCUGGAAUGCAGAUUAUCUCUGAGAUAAUAUUGGGCUUUCAGGAAAAUAGAUAUUUGUUUUGGAGAUUUUAUUUUCAUUUUUUUAGAAGUGUCUUGGGACAAGGCCAGGAGGAGUUCAACCACUAAACUGAGGAGCGGCUUUGCUUGUGACAGUAUAAGUGGACUACAGUAGAUUAUGUGUUUGGGUUGAAGCUGCAUUGUUGUUCUCACCAGGGAGUCUGAAGCGGAUAUCCAAAGACAAGAAAAAUAGACUUUCAUCCCUCUCAUUCCUACAUCUCAUUCUCUGUCGGUUUCUCACUUUGUCCUGUUAAGCCUUCAUCCCUCUUUUUCUUUUGAUUGUAGUCGAUGGGGCCUGGUGGAGUUGAGUGUUACCUUGGGAAUGGAGGGAGGCAGAGAUUCCUUUGGCACUUUUUUUUUAGUUAUGGCUGAUAAGCCUGAGCUGAGUGUACUGAAGCAUAACAAUGAGCUGUUUACUUUUUCCUCUGUUCCCUUAUCUCCUAUCAAUUCUGUCUUUUUUUUUUUUUUUUUUUUGUGCUAUCUUCAUUUUUUUCCCCUCUGAUAUCAAACCCUGGCAUCAAACUUAAAUGUGAAUUUCAGCCAAGACAAAAAAAAAAAUGUUCAACAAAAUCAAUGUAUCUCCUCAGUGUGAUUGAAACUGGACUUUUGAACUAAAUCCAACUCCUCAUAGUCAGACUACCGUACCUGUAAAAUGCUGUUGGAAAUCACUUUUCUCAGUCAUGUAUACGGCUCAAUCAAACUGAAGCUGUCCUAAGCGUUCUGCACAUGCUCCGGUUGGUUGAAUAGAAUGGAAGUGUUGCUGGAAGCAGGUUGAAAAAUAGAACCUUGACAGGCUAGGAUAGGAUGUUGAAAAGACAAAACUUUACAAGCAAAUGGCACAGAGCUGCGUGCCACUCGCUUGGUGCCAAGUGACAGUUUAUUAAUCGAAUGCUGCUUAGUGCGGCUUUCUAAGCAGAAAACGAUUUACUCUUUUUGUAUAAAUAAUGAGUGAAGAAAAGUUAAGGAACAUGACAGAGGAGAAAUUGAAUGAAUAAAGGGAGGAAGAGAGGGGGAGUUUUUCUGCUGUCAUCGACUACAUUUUCUCCUUCAUCCAAAAUUGUUUGCAAAGUUCAGAAGCUUCUCAUGCAUGUUUAUUCAUAAUGCACUCCCUGUGCAAUAAUGAGUACAAUAUACUCUCUCUGAUUUUGGGAAUCGCAUUACUGCUGAACAUGUGAGCAGAGCUGUUCUUGCACUCCCCUGCAUUGUUUGUGGUCAGCCCACACAGACACUCUUGUGAGUGGAGCUUUUCAGAGUAAAGGUCAGAUGUCAAAGGCCAUACACACUCACACUCACACAGCCGACGUAAGCCAUUUUUUAAUGUUACAUUCCCAGGAUGAAUUCACGAUUGGAGUUCUCAGUGAUGUUCAGACCUUAAUCUGCACCUCUUGUUCUGAUUUGCUCAUCUCAACCUCCUGCUAAACACUGCUGACAGUUUAAGCAUAAAGCACACUGCUUACCACAGGGUGAAGUCUCCCUCUCAUCCUCCAUACGUUAAAUCCUCUGUACAGGUUUGUUUCCACGCCCUUGUUCACAACAAUCUUGCAGAUGUUGCUAUUUCAUAACUUGCACCCUUUUAAAAGGUUAGUGUCUUGACUGAUGAGUUAAAGUCUAGAAGCUAAUGCAGCAUUCCAAUUACCUUGGAAGUUGGAUGUCGCAGCUGGGAAUGACGCUACACUGGAGUUGAUGGUGUUCCAGUAAACAAGUCGGAAAACUAAGAUGGACGCCUACUGCUAGCCGUUAUUAGCUGUUUUUUUUUUUUUUUUUUUUUUAAAUUAUUAUUAUUGACACAUAUUAACAGUACAAAUACAAACCAAAGGACAAAAGGUAGACACAAAACAAUAUUAUAGGCAUCAAUUCAAACAAAAAACUAAAAAGAAAAGAAAAUGCUCGAGGUUAUAAAUCAUUAAUGUAUUCAUCACAUAUUCUUUUAGUUUUGAUAGCUUUAGUGUUUUUACAAUGUUUUAUAGUUUCUAGAUAAGAAGAUAGUACAGCUUUAAGAACAAUAACAUUUGGACGAUGGUUUGCAAAUUUGGCAUAAUGAAUAUGAUAUUUGGCAAGAAGUAAAAGAAGAUUCACAAUAUAUAAUUUGUUUACAAAUGUCAGCUGUAGUUAGCCGUUGUCAGUUGUUGUUAGCAGUUGUUUGUUGUUGUUAGUUGUUGUUAGCUGUACCAGUUGUAACAACGCAUGACACGGUAUUUUACCCUUACAAACACCAUAGCACCGUGUUCACAGUUAGACGUUGGGCAGUACAACAUAUACCACAAAAACAAAAUGCUGCCAUCUUGGAUUAUGACGUUGUCGUCAAGUCGGCGUUGGUGAGGAUCGUCUGACUUUCCGAGUCAGACAUCUGAACUCAGGGGGGCGUUCCCAGAUGAAUUUCCGACUCUGAGGUCUGAAAUCCCAAUUUACAAGUACAACUGGAACGCAGCAUAAGUGAUGAGUGCAACAGUUUGAUGUGUAAUACCUAUUGCUGGCCUUGGUAGAAGUCAUUGCGAUGCAUGGCUCAGGCAUAUACUCUCAUGAAGUCACUGGUGUUCAGUCCUGCUUCUGCUCUAAUUUCCUUUACUUCAAGCACUGUUGCAUGAAAAUCUCAUUUGAUAGAAAGCAAGUUAAAAGAAUUAAAAUGCAAAGAGAGCAGUUAAAAAAUUCAGUGAAAGACACAGGGGGACACAGUUGAGCUGAAGAGUUUUCUCUCUUUUCCACCCCUUGUUCUAUUUAAUUACAAGUUCAAGUGAACCUUUUAAUCAAACCUGAAAAAGCCUCAGGGACAUCGUGAAUAAGACAGCCUCCAACUAAUGGGAUAGGAUUUAAACUGAAUCUAAGAACGGCCAUGCUGUUUAAUACUGCUGCACCAUAAUCAGUCAUUUCAUUCAAUAUUGAUUCUACUGUUCACAAACUCAAGGUGAAGUGAAGGAUAACACGAAAAAGAGGACACUGAUUAAUUUUGAUGUUUGGUGUAAUGACCUGAGAAAAGAAGGCUGAGGAGGCGAAGGAAACAAAACAGUUGUGAUAAGAAGUGAACAAAAGAGACAGAGGCGACUGGGUAUGAUAGGAGACUGAGAGAAAGACGGUGUAAUUGGUCCAUCUCAUCUCGCACAACAUCUACCAGACGAACACAUGAGGCCCUGGUUUUAGAUAGGGUCAGAGGUCACACAGGGUCACCUUUUUCUCAAUCUGCCAAUGACAGCAUCCAUUGAAUCUGUUAGCUUUUUGUUGGCCAUUCAAACAGACACACACCGCAGACACAACGGGAACGUCCUCAGAGAUUUGGUGACUGUUUACUUCUUCUUAUUGGAAGUCUUGAACCUACAAAAGUCCUCAAUCGAUUGUCCAAUCGAUCUGUCUGCUGCAUGUGUGAGCAUUGGCAUGCAUGUGGGGUGGUGAAGUGUUUAGCGAAAAGACUGAAAUAAUGUUUUUAUGUCAUUCCUUAAAUCUCUUUCAGAGUUUGUCAUGAAACUGUUUGUCGCGUUGGCAUAAAAAUAUUUAUGGAUUUGAUUUAAUCAGUUUUCAACAAUUGAGAAGUUGGUUUUGUAAGUUGUUUUGUUAUUAUUCUCGGCUAUUGUUUAAAUGUGUAUUGCUGUUUUUGCAAGACCAGUUUUGAGGCAAAGGGAGGAGUAGAAUGGGAAAAGGAAACACACUCACACUUGAACACACAAACACAAGAACACACAGCUUUCUCUUUCUCCUAGACUACUACACUUUCUUGGCUCUUCCCUUCCACACAAACACAAAUAAGCACUUUGUGAACCAGCCACACUUUUUUGUCCAUUGAUCUUAAAAUUGCAUUUUCGUUUCCACCUGAAGCUACUACAAUCACCCACAGCAUGUUCCUGUCUCACUGUUUGUGUUGGAAGAGACGGUUGAAAAAGCUGGACACCUCUUUUUGCAGUGAAACUCCUCACACUAAAGCUGCUCUGACCGGCAUGAACAGUCAGCUUAUUCCACAUUUGCGCCUGUCGGCAUUUUUCACUUUUAGUGACAGUUGGAAGCUGGGAGAAGCCAAAGAGUGCUGACUGCUGAGUGUGAGUGCUGAGGAGAUCUCUUGUAAUCUCCAGUGCCAGGAUUAGUAUUUGUGCUUUGUAAUGUGUCCUUAUUAGAGUACAUUAAACAAUCAGUUUGAUGCUCCAUGGAGUGCGUUUAAGACCAGCGAGCAUCAAGCUUCUUCCUGCACCGUCCUCCACGUCUUUAAAUAUGUCAUUAACCAGGUAAUAACACUGAAAAACACGAGAUAAUUACAAACACUCAGCUGCUGAACUUUCACAGCACAACUGUACCAUCAGGUUGAACUGGCCUGCAGAUGUAAACAGGACACCCUUUGGUCUAACCGGUUCCUAGAGAAAACAGCAGCUCACCACGGAUGGUGUUAUGCGAAUUCAGAGCAGGAUGAAAAUGGAAGACAAGUGUGUGUUUUCAUGUAGAAUUGCACACAGCGCAGGAGCUUUGGCAUGUCAUGGAGAGUGAGGUACAACUCCUACCAUGACCAUGGUAACAAGAUAGGUAUUCAAGAUAUUUGAUUACAAUUAUUAUAAUUAUUAUUUUGGUGACCUGUGUAACACUGCCAUGGUGAACUUUUUUUUAUUGUUGCAAAAGGAAACAGAACACCUAGACUAGGCUGUGACAACAGACAACACAUGCCAAUGAGAUUACCUUUUGAUUACCAGUAGAUUUAUCUUGGCCUUUAUUGGUGUCUGUUGUAAUUGCAAAUGUUAUGUCAUCAUAAUUCUUGUUUUAGUUAUGAUUUUAACAUGUACAAUAAUCCUGUUUGGACUUUUAUCAUUUUUAUCUAUAUGAAUGUUUACUGUCAGGAAGAGUAGCUGUUACUUAGGAAGUAGCUAUUGGGGAUCCAAAUAAAUAGAAUAAAAAAUAAAAAAAAAUAAACACACCUGGUCAAACAGUGGGUGCAACAAAAACACUAGCAUAUGCAGCACAUAAACAAAAAGGAAAAAAUGUUGACUGUCCAAGACGUGCACAGGUUUUCUGUGUGUGUGUUUGUGUUUGUGCCUUUUGGCAUUAGUGUUUGGCACACAACCAUUAGACUGCUUUCAUCCUCAGACACACACCUACACAAGUAUACACACAGUCACACAAAGACAUCUUUACAGUCAGGGCUGCUUCCUCCCAUGUCUUUUGACUGAUAGUAUCUUAAGCUGCACUAAUAGUUUUUUCAUUAUGUUUUUUAAUCACAGUGAGGCUGUGCGUGUGUGUGUUUGUGGGUUUGUCUUGAUGGUCUGAUUCAAAGGCCGAUCAUGACAGUGUUGUUUUCUUGUUUUCUCUCCUCGUAUGUUGUUUUUUUUAACGACUUGUUGAUCUGAAGUGCUUCCCCUUUUGUUUUUCUUAUACCCAAAAUUGUGUUUGGAGUCCCGCUUUAAAUGAAGUUUGUGUGUGUGGUGUGUGUCUGUGAGUGCCAGUGUGGGCUGUCAAAGAAAGGAGAAGAACACCAAGAACCUUAAUGGCAGGAAACAGGCUUGGGCAGGACACAAAGGAAAUACUGUCAGCAGUCCCCCUCAAUCUCUCUCUCUCUCUCUCUCUCUCUCUCUCUCUCUCUCUCUCUCUCUCUCUCUCUCUCUCUCUCUCUCUCUCUCUCUCUCUCACACACACACACACACACACACACACACACACACACACACACACACACACACACACACACACACACACACACAAACAAACAAGCAAAUGCACAUGUAGGUUAAUAUUCAUACCCCCUCUUGCAGUGUGUGCACACAUUAAUGCACACUCAUCAUGUUCCUUGUUAAACCUUUGUUUGAUCAUUUAGCAAGUUGAAUUCAAAUUUCUGAAAUGCUUCAUUUGCUGCAUGUAAAACAGGAGUUUUUGAUUUCACAUAUAUGUACAUGAGUGUAAGUGUACAAAUCUCUCAUUAAAUUACCCCCUCUGUCUCUCUCUGCUGUCUCCUCUCAAUCCCCGCUCACCGCCCCUUGGCCCCCUUCCCUGCUGCCUUUAUUGUGGUUUCCUUUAAUUGGAGUCUGAGGUGGUGGUAAUUAAAGGGAGGGUUGGAGGUAAGGGGGGUUUAGGGUUUUGAUGGAGGACUGCAGAGCAGAUGAGAGAGGGGACACACCUUUUCAAGGGGAGCAGUUUAAAGAUGCUUCCUCAAACAAUCCUAUGAGUGCAGAGAUAUUAACACAAGUGAUGUGUGUAUAUGGUUAAAUGUUGUCACCCUCACUGAUAGGACUGGGCGAUAUGGCCUCAAAUCAAUAUCACGAUAUAUUGAGCAGUUCACUUUGAUAACUGCUCCACAAGCUGCUCACCCCCUCCCACAUUAACUUCGUCUACUCCAGCCGCUACAACUUUUGAACCGUCCUCCAUCUCCUCACCUGUUUUUCCCUCUUUGACUGGAUGGGGUGGAGUCACCUGUAUCAAUGUAAAAAGUUAUUUCUGAGUUAUUUUUAUUACUGUACCAUUUAAAUCAUGAUAAUGUCUCGGCUUUAGUGCAUCCACCUGCCAAUAACAGGGACUUUGGUGGCUUUGGUUAGAGACGACCGCCAUAAGGCUGUAAUGCUCGACUGUCUAGAUUCAAACAACCACAAAUGACAGCUGGUAUCUUGGCACAGUUGAGUAGUAUUUAAAUGUAGAAAAUGUAGAUAAAGUUGUAAGUAACUGGACCAGAGAAAUGUGUUGAUAACAAUCCUGCAGUGUUGCUGAUGUUGACGAAUGAUAAGAUGUUUUUUGCACGUUUUGCUCAAGUUUCACACAUCCUCUAAAUUGUUAUAUCAAUCAAAUGGUCCAGUUGAGUUUCAGAGGCCUUAGUAAGAUGCUUAUCUUUUUAGUCUGACAAAUAGGGAUGCAUUUUGGUAUUUUAUAUUGUUUUGACUCAAAAAUAGGAUUUUCUUUUGACAAAAUUUAAGACCAAUUUUGGCUAAAGCGCAAAUCUACAAAGAAAACCACACAGUGAGUUUAUGUCCCCAAGGCCUGUAUACUCUGUGAAUGAAGCACCAAAAUCCUCACAGUUUCAUCAUGGUGUAUUAUUCUCAUUUUGGUGCAUCCUUUUUUUGUCUUGGGACAGCUGCUCGAGCAUUUCCCCUGACUCUAAUUCUCUUCAUGUUUGUUUUUUUUUCAUAAUUUCCUUUGUUGCAUUCACAAAAAAACUUUCAUUCUAACAUAAUGGGAAAGUCUGUGUCUGUAUAUGUCUGCUUUACUGCGUGUAGUGAGGGUGAAACGCUGAAGGCCUGAGCAUUUUGCUCUCUUUGAGGGAGAACCUGUGUUAAAUGAGAUACAGUAGCUGCCCCUCCUUUCUCUUGUGUCCCCCCUGUCUGGGACACACACACACACACACACACACACACACACACACACACACACACACACACACACACACACACACACACACACACACACACACACACACACACACACACACACACACACACACACACACACUGAAGCACAUACACACAACAUUGUUGAAAGCCAGCCAUGCUAUAAGAGUACAUUAAUGCUGAUCCACAUUAUCAUAAUUGAGGUGUCUGCUGUGCCUCUAUGUGUAUAUUGUGUAUGCGUUUGAGAUUUUCCGUGUCCAGGGGGAAUAGAGAAAGCAAGAGAGAUGCUCUUUAGAGCCAGACAGAUGCUAUACUUUCAUCUUUUAGCUCAAUAUUACAGCAAAAGACAGGCUGUCUAAAAUGUGUGUUGUUGGUGUGAAUUCACAUUCAUAUGUGUAUUAUGUUUGUUUUUGUACCCGUUGGGCAGAGGGGCCUCCUGAAAGCAUCAUCUAUCUAACCACUGAUGGCAUUUUAGCAUGACAAAUGAUUAUACAGACGCACCAUACAUAGACGCAAUAGCACUGAAAUCAAAGAUUAACAAUCAAAAGAAAAGACAACAAAAAAAUGAAGUGCAUGUUGGGAUCUCUUGUUUGCCCUUUAUAGAAGAAAAAGACAGUCCACCCAUUUAUAAGAAUAAAAGUCUUAUAACAUGCACAUUCAGAGACACAAUGUGAAACCAGACCCUCGAGUUCUUACAGGAAUCUGAACCUGUCAUGAUUUAAAGUCUUGACUUUCCAAUAGGACAUCAUAUCAGUGUUCAGUUGAAUGGCCUCAUGGCAUCACAGUCUUGUGCAAUCUCAUCAGCUUAAGUGCUUUUACGUAACGGCCCCCUCUUCCAAAUGGGACAGAAAAGAAAUGAGCGUCCAGCUUGUGCAGAGCGGAAUGAAAUCAAGCAAGAUGAAAUGUCACCAGCACCGGUAAGAGGUUGUACACACAAAUGUGGAAAUUACGAGCACAUGCGUAAUCUUCAUCAUUUAAAUAAAUGAAAAUGUUUGCCUUAAUGUUAGAAGAAACAUAUUUUUAAAGGUCAUCUAAAAUGAGUAAAGAAAAUUAGUUUUUCAGAACGGCCAAAAACCAAAUAUCACAACUGCUAUCAUUACUAGAAUUUAAUCUCUUUCCUUUUAGCUGUAAAUUCAAUUAAGAAUUAAUCUGGUUGGCCUAAUGUUGAAAUGUGUUUUGUUAAAAAAAAUUACAUGCAUUUAUUUACCUUAUCUAACACAAACCAACGAACAAACAAACAAACAAAUGAACUAUUAAUAAAAGAAGGUGACCUUUCUUAGCUUGUUUGAAAUAAAAAUGUGAGUACCAUAGGUUGUUUUUUGAUAGUAUCUUAAUCAUGUUUAAUCUUUAAAAAAUCAAAUUAUCAUAAGGAUGAAAGUACAUAAAGUAUAUUUGUCUGUCGUGCUGUUAAGGCAACAUUAUCUGCUUAAAAAUGAGGGGAAAACUGAUGGAUAAAAGAUGCAUCAAAUCAACAAGAGUGUGGUUUACUUUGAGCUGAUAACAUUGCUCCAAAUCAUUCUUGAAAUGUUACAGACAAAUGGUUGUUAAGAGGAAUUUCAGGAAGGCUUAUGCUAAUGGCUUAUCCUUCAAAAUUAAGUUCAUUCAGUCAGUGAACUAGCAUAAAUUGAAAGAACAGCAAUCUGUUAAUGGGAUAAUGUUUGUGUGUGUUUUUAUGUGCAUGUGUAUAUUAUUGUAGUGAGCCCGCCUAAUGCACUAUUUGGGAAUUGAAAGGGAGGACUUAAUACAUUAAAGACACUGAGAUGUCAUGUGGACUUAAACCAUGUAAACAUAUGGGUUUGGGUGAACCAUGGGGGGUCAGGAAGGAAGAGGAAAUAAGCUUUUCGUUUGGUAGCUAAUGUGAAUUACUUUGAUAAUGAGUUUAUCCAAGGCCUGGUAGGUGGCUACUUUAACAGCCAUUGGCAGGGUGUUAAUGUUCGGAUUAAAUUUGUCUCAGUGCAUCCAUGUGUGUCCUGUUCUUUGAAAAGCUCCUUGACACAUUUGACUUUGUUCUUCCAGGAUCUGCUCGGGGCGUAGGAAGUUAUACUUCAUCGGUGACCUAUUACACACAUUUCAGAAAACACAUGGCUGUUCAGUACAGAGGGUUCAUGGCUGUGCAGACUUGCUGAUUUAUUAUGAGGUUGGUUUUAUUUGUUUUCAGUGUUGAUUAACAGUAUUAAUGGCUUACUCCUGUGAGCUGUUAUGUUCAAACCUUCGCAAAUAAUCCUCUCAAUACACAAUAAACAGCUACUGUUUACUGUGUCGUGCUGUCUUACUGGAUUUUUAACAGCAAUACUGCCCUUAGUUUAACCCAGGUUUUAACCCCGUUUCAACGGGGAAAGCACUUCAUGAAAUAAAAUCAGUUCAGUGGAGACCAGGCCUUGAAUGUGAGCAAACUAAUAUACCUACAAAUCGAAAAAUACCAAAAUGACUGUGAGAGUCACACUUUGAUUCAAGGUUAGAAAGAAUGAGCAUGUUUCUGCUCAUGAGCUUGAUGAAAUAUUCAUGAAUCAGUGUGUAAAAACGCUGGAAGGAAGUGUUCCGUUUUUCUAAGUAUCACCUCAUCUUUCAGAGUCAUCCUUCUAAUGGAAAUAAAAUCAUACUCAAAUUUUGCGUCAUCCAUACUUGUCUUUUUCGCAUGCUUUCGUUGUGUUCAUCUAGUCUGAGCCUGCACAUUGUAAAAAGAGUGUCAGGCUGACUUUAACCAAGCAUGGUGCUUUUUUUGUCCCAAACAGAUGCGGGAAUGUUACACACAUGUGGAUAACAGAUGAGUAUAAAUGAAUGUAGUUUCAGCUCAGUCAGCCACAGUUCCACUUUGGAAAACUUAACAAGCUAGAUUGGUGGGGAGAAAUGUCUUGUUAACGGGCAGAAACCGCAGCAGAACCAGACUCAAGGUGAACACCCGUCUGCUGCAGUGAUGCUGGGUUUGGAAAGUAAGAUAGAGGGAGAUUUGGUUCAGUAAGUGGAAGAGGCAGCAUGAUGUUCAUUUAAAGCAUUGUAAGAACAUUCUGAAGUAGUUUGGACUACAUGUAAGUUUGUGUUAACACAGUGAAGUAUCUCAUAAUACUACCAACAUGACUGAAUCAUAGCCCUCAGCCUUUUGUGUCAAUAUUGAAUAAGGAGUUUUCAUUGAAAUUGAAAUGUAGGUGUGCAUUAAAAUGGGAAAAAAUGGAUUGGAGAAUAAAAUUAAAACAUAUAAAAAAUCACAAUGGAUUUUGUAGGGUCUUGGGUAAAUGGUCAACAAAUAAAUCUCAUAAAUUUUAUUUUUAAGCCAGAGUUAGUGGAGACCCACUGACAAGGGUAAACAUGAUCUGAAAUAGUUUUUUCUAAUAUAAUUCCACACUGCAGGAUAUUCAUGUCCUUGGGGUCAUAAAAGAUUGUGAUGACUGCUGAAUAAUUUAGAGAAACGUGCAUGUUAGUCUGCACUAAUUUCACUCUUUUUUUUUCAUCCCUUCAUCACCGCUGUUUCAGAUGGUUGUUAGAGUUAAAGAUCCAUAACACUCCAAUUUGAUCUCAGUGCACCAAAGUACAGAAAGUGUGUUACUUUGCCGUAGAGUGAGAUGACUGUAAAGGAAAACAUAUUUAUGUAUUUUAGCCUCAACUUUAAGAUAUUACAAACUACAGAUUGAACUAUACUGUGUUUUGUUGCCAGGCACAGGGAACAAGAAAGAGGGAGUUAAUGUAGUAGUCAAAUAUUUACUCCUGGCCAUUUAACUGUCUGUUAAUUUAGUAGAACACAUUAGAUAAGUUUUGUUUGUGUGCUAAAAUGUGUGUUUUUGUGUGUAUACCAUUUUAAGACCCAUGCCAACUUUAUUACACGUGUUUAAUACUGCCAACUUCAGCUGUAAUGUAGAAAGGAUUAAUAACAUCAUCCUCUUCUGGCUUGAUAAUGCAUACCCUUUACUGAGGGAAACAAGUUCAUGUUUUUUUUAACAGUUUCGUUGUUGUUGUUUUCUCUUCAUAAGAAUUAGUGUAUCUGCAUUUGUUGAUGACUUGUCAGCCAGCCUUUGUAAGACAUCAUUGCUGUCAGGCCUGGAUGCUAUCAACCUGUGGUGAAGACCUUAAUAAUAUGCUGUGCACUCAAAAAAAGCAGGUACAGUCUCUCAUAUCUAUGAAAAAAAACUAGUAUUAGCUCAAAUCAAACUUUAUUAUCAUUUCGAAAAGCUGUAAACUGCAGAAUGACAAAAAUGUGUCCCAGAGAUCUCUGACCACUAAUCAGGGUUAGCAACAACAAACGUGUAUACAUGUGAGGAUGACUCUAAUAUUAAGCUCCUUAAGAUGCAAGAAGUAGAGCUUACCUGAUAGAGUGUAACGUACACACACACACACACACACACACACACACACAGACAACAACAAUGAACGUGUGUGUACACCUGUCUGUUAUGCAAAGGUAGUCCUAAAGAACUGGGUGGUGCAGCUGUGCUGGAAUUCACUCUGCUUUUGUUUUGGGUCGCUCAUCUUUGAAUAAGAAUCACUCAUUGUUUCUCUGCAUGUUUGUGUGUUGUGCACGUGUUUGUCUACACAUCUACCAUUUGUUAUGAGAGCAGGGAGUCCAAUAGAUUAAAAUAGUUGUUUGAUUAUUCUUAGUGUAUUAGUGUAUUAUUCUUGUAUUUAACAUUUGUUUUUAAAAUCAAUCUUGAGGAGAACAUUUGAAAAUUUUAAAAGCUGUCAAAUCAAACAGCAUAAUACAAUAAUUUUCUGUAUUUUGGUCACCAACUAUCAAAUUUAAGGGAUUUUGGUAGUAUUUGUUUAAUCCUAAAGUUGACAAACUUAUAUUUAAAACAGUAUUGAACAAUGUAUUUCAAAAUUUUUGCCCAGUACAUGUAAACUGGAACAAGCGUUAAAUUGCCUAAUCAAGAUAUAAUGACAGCUUGCCUUAGCUGGGCUUGUAAACGGGCUGACUGAGCCACAAAAGCCAGUUUUUAGAGCAAAAAUUCACAUUUACAGCCAAAAAAGUUUUGGGCUGAUUAGCUUCAAACUUUUUUUUACCUGUUUCCUAUGACAUUAUUCAGGAUACAUAAUUGGCAAAUCAGAGGCAGAGCUGACUUGACUGACAGGCACACACACUGUAGUCACUUGUGAGGAGGCUAAUGCUGCAUUCCAGUUGUACUCGGAAGACAGGAUUUCCAAGCUCCAAGUCAGAAAAUCUUGGAUUUCCGACUUGUUUACUGGAACGCCAUCAACUCUGAGUUAUCUCAUCCCCAGCUCCGACGUCCCACUUCCAAGGUAACUGGAACGCAGCGUAAAACCCGCCCCUGGUAGGUUGAGUCAGCAAUUCUAAUAUGGCGACUGCAGCAGAUUGUUUUCAAAACUACACUUUAGAAACAAAUGGAUGACUUCACCGAUGCUAAACUCAGUCAUACAAAUUAUGCGAAGAACUACGAGGAAUCAAGACUUAAAAAGCUUUGGCUUUUUUUAAUUGAGUAUAUUUGGGAUCUCGUUGUUGUGGGAUGCUCAGAAUGGAAGCACAAACCCACAGAGCUGAGAGAGAAAGACAUGUAUUAUUUUCUCAUCACCAACAGAAAAUUAAAUUGGAUGGGUAGAGAACAGAAAUAUGAGAAAUAAGGGUGGGAAGUCAAGAAGAGCUGUCAUGUCUUAUAGACUGAUGGAGGCCUGAGAGAAGGAGGAGGAGAGAUGAGAAGAGAAGUUUUUAUCCCCCCGAUCUAUCACUCCCUCCCUUGCUCUCUCGCUGUGUGACCCACUCUGUCUCUCCCUUUGGGUUUAAUCAAGCAGGCAGUUGGUUUGACCCAUUACAUGGGGGGGAUUCAUCUUCAGUGAGGAUUAAUCUGUGUGACAGAGGCUUAUUAGAUGAGAGCGGCCACCCCUGCUGGCUUACACAGUGGAUGGAGCCAGCGCUGACAGAGAGAGGUGGCUGGGGGGAAAGUCACACUCUAGGGAAGCCAAAGGAAAGAAAGACAGCAAAUUAACUUGAAGAAAACUACUUUUUUUUUCUUUCCUCAGAGAGAGGUGACAGAAGGAAAGAAGGGGGAGGAUUCACUUUUAUUUACUUUGACAGCAGAGACGUGCUGUCUUUGUUUGGGAGGUUAACAUCACUUAGAUUUGCCUUGGAAGCAGGUGCUGUCUAUGUCAGUAUGAAAGCAUCACACUGCUCUCUGCUCCGUGCAUGUGUGUGUGUUUGUCUGUGUGGUGGAUGGGGACAUACUAAAUGGCUCUCAAAGUAAGGGUGCGUCUUGAACACGUUUCUCUCCCCUGCCUUACAUGCUGAUGUUGAGUGCUGAUUACAUAAUGACAGCAGCAGCUCAGCAGAGUUUUUGUUCCUGCACACUGUCUCCUCAGGCUAAAGGUGGAUGUAAUGAGACUCAUCCUUUCAAUACUUCAUGAAGUCCUGGCUGCAGCCUCACUUUCUUUUUUACUCAGCUGCACUGAAUUGAAAUCCUCUCUCUCUCUCUCAUGCAGAGGUCUGGGACUGGGUGGCAGAAUAGUAGACUGACUGGAACAUAAAUCACCUGUGCUGUGAUGCUGCACUGUCACUGUGCUGACGUCCUCUUUUCUGUGCACAUGAGGCAGUGCAAACAUCACAGCAUGCUGAAACAGUGAUGUGGCACGAGCUUUCUGAAAAGUUAAUUAUAGCUUUAAAGGGAACACAUCCUGCUCUGCAGCCUUCCAGCAUUUUAUAACAAAGCAAUAUUUCCAGGUUAAUGUCAAUUUGAGGUCAGUUCAGUAAAAUACAGUGGAGAGGAGGGACAUUGUCUUCUUAAAAUUCUAUUACUUUUGAUUUGUAUUUCCAAACUGAGGUUUAAAUCUUUAUGCAAUGAUAAAAUAAAAGAUGCUUAGGGUUAAUGAAUACACCGCUAUUAUUGGACUCUAUUUUCUGGGACCUUAACAUUUAGGGUUUUUCUGACUAUUAUAACAUAGUUUAAGUAAUUCAGCUUCUUAAAUAGAUGCAGGAAGUUGCCAUGGUUUUUCCUGCCUCGAUAUUCCCUGUGCUAUCCUUAUGUUAAAUUUGACCCCAUUAAAACGAGUUAAGUGUACUCCAAAAUGUAUGAGUUGUAAGUGUGACAUUUUUGUGUGCUGAUGAAAAUUAUGCAAUGCACACAGGAAAUACGAGACUAGCUUACAGCUUAAUUAAAAUAGUAAAAUAACUAAAUGAUAUUGAAGCAACUCCCUGAUUAAAACUACAAUAAUGAAUAUAUGCUAUUUUUUUUGUACAGCUGCUUAAAAAAAGGCAAAACUAAUAGAACAUAAACAUUUUCAAAUAGAGGUAAAUGGUAACUUGGUUAUUUUUAUAGUCUUCUGAUCACCCAGAGCACUUAACAUCCCAUGUCACAUUCACCCAUUCACACCACAUUCACACACUGGUGGCAGAGGCUGUGAUGUAUAGAGUCCACUCCAUCCACACACCAAUGGGUGCAACCAGUGGGUGCAGGUUGGGUCAUGUGUCUUCCCAAAGGACACUUUGACAUUUAGUCGGCUCAACCUUCCAAUUGGGAGACGACUCUACCAAAUGUGCCACAGCCUCCCGCUGUUUGAACUUUAUCUGAAGCGGGGGUAUUAUGCAUUUUUUUCAGACUCAAAAUUUCCUUUCCAAUAACUCUUUAAUAGCUUGACUUGACUAUUAGAUCAAAAAAGCCCCAAAUUUCUCACAGUGGUUUAUUAAAAUAUUAUCAUUUUGGCCUCCGUCUGAAACUGUUCGUUUUAACUGCUGUCUCUUUAAGGCCCCUCCUUCUACAAGCCUACUUACCUCUGAUUGGCCACUUCUUAGAGUCUUUCUGGAAGCUGGCCAAGGUCAGAGCUCGAUGUUUUGGACCUGCUAGAGUCUAUAAUUCUUGCAUCAGAAUUUAGUUAAUCUCGUACAUAAACUGUGGUCUUGCUUUUUCGUGCAUUUGUCCGAGAUUUGAACAUCUACUUUUUCAGAUUAUAACAAAAUAGGUUUACCUUGUAAUUUGAAACUUUGCAUACUUGUAUGGACACCAAACUUUGUAACUUUGCAGUUUCUGUUGUAAAUGUGGAAAAGCAUGAUAUCCUCCCUUUAAGUUGUUUGGUACUGACAACAGAUAAUAAUAAGAAGACAGAAUGACUAAUUUAUUCUGCAUCCCCUUGAAUUCCCAUUGAUGUUGAGUAUACUAUUUCCAAAGUCUUAAAGCCAUUAACCACAUAUUUGUGAUUUUAAUAUCUGGAAUGACCUUUGUCCAAUCACUCCUGCUCAACAAAAGAAAACAAAAUGGCUGACAAGCAAAUAAGGAAAACAGUUAAUCCUGAUACUUUUACCAAAAAUGUUCACAUGAGCAGAGAUUAUGGAAUCUGAAAUCAAAACGAGGUCAAAUCCAACUGCCCCUUGUGUCUCAGUUAGUGAGCAAUGAGGGGGAAACAUAUGGAGGAUGUUGCCACUGGGAAAAUGGCCUUCCAGGAAAAGACUCGAGCUAAUGUAAUUAGCUUCCUCAAACUACAGAGUACAACCUUUUACUACGGUCACAAGUCCCUUUGCUCCCCCCUCUUUCUCUUCCUUAUCUUGAUGUUGAGCACUCAGACAAGGUUAUGGUUUAUGACUGACCAGAGCUGACCUACUGUGAGAGUUUGUCUACAUAUGAGGAGUGAGUCGGUUGUAAAGUAGGUCAUGCAGGUGUGAGCGAUCAACAAGAAAGAAUGAAAGACUAGCUACCACUGAGGGAUAUCAGAAUCAGCUUUAUUGGCCAAGUAUGUGUGCACCUGCAAGGAAUUAACUCUGGUAAACUUUGCCCUCUAUGUAAAAACAUUAAACAUGAAAUUACAAAGUAUGUAUACAAGCUUAGACUAGACACUUCAGUUAUGAGACGGUGAAAGGCAAGUGAAAAGUACGAUGCAAAAUAUGUCUCAUGCUAGUUGUUUAUGUUGAAUUUCCACUGAGUGUAACCGUGAAUUUUUCAGGAUAUCUAGGCAAGUAUAAUUAAGUAUGUUGAUUAUUAAACUGAGUCAGAAUUCAGACCUUUGCUCUCUGUUGUCUGUCUGUAAUCAGGUUAAGUGUUUCCUAGAUUCACUUCUACUUGUUGCUGUGGCUCAUUAAAAAGCAAAAGCAUUAGCAGCAGUUAGGGUGCAAAAAGCAACAAACACAAAUUCACAUACAUACACAUUUUGCACAUGAGGGUUUUUCCUACUCUACCAAAGCACUGAUUUUGUGUGUGUGUUUGUGAUUGCGUGUGCGUGCGCAUGUGUGUGUGAGACUAUUGUAUUGCAGAUGGGGUCAGGAAGGAAAGCCCCGCCUUCUUAUUUCCUCUUGUCGCCCAGAGUGACAGUGACGUCACCGAGGAGAAUGGAGAUGCAAAGCAACAUAGGAAAUGACCUUUAAACUCGAGUGCAGACACAGAGCUAGCAUUAGCUUUGGAUAACAGCAGGUUAUUGCCACUCUGGAGGAGGACAGGGUUUGUUUGUUAUUUGAAUACAGUAAAUUUAGGAAUGAGAGUAUUUAUUGGAUUUAAUGUAACAUCCAUGAGGACUCAAGGGAUAUGCGUUCCUCUGGCUGGAGGAUAAUGAGAAACCUGAGAAAAUGAACUAGGCUGAAUGCAAUUUUUAAAACUGAUUUGUAAAAGGAACUUGCAUGAUUCUGCAAUGAAAUCUUGGACCACUGGAACCAUAUUCCUGGGAUCUUGUGAACUCAUCCAGGUUAUUGGCACUUUGUGUCAAUAAAAACAUAAAUCAGAGACCAAAGUUACACAUUUACUCAGACAAAACCUUGUCUUUACCAUAUGUAAGCAAGUGUAGAGAGACAGAGCAGAGGAGAGGAGAAUUAAAUCAGCCUUUAAAUGAAUUACAUCAGGAAAGGGGGCUGGACUUGUGGGACUGAAAAACUCAUCUCCAAACCAGGAUAUUCUACCUAUGUCAGCAUUUUGUCACAAUGGGCCUGUGUGUGUGUUUGAAAGAUAGGGGAGGGGUCCGGGGUGAAUGAAUAGAUCAAGGCAACCCCUCUGACAAGAAUAUCGACUUAGACGCUAGCUUUAAUCUCUGUGUCACGGUUCCUGACAAUCAAUGACCACUGAAAUAGAUUUACAGUAAAUCUAAACUGAGUCUCUGAUUGUGUGGCGGCAUUUACAUUAAAAAUAUACACUAAAGAUAGAUGUAAGUGCAAAUAAAUUGUAUAUUUAAAGCAGUUAUUGGUCAGAAUGGGACUCUCUCUUUUAUAUUGGGCUAAUACAUUAGCACAUAUGAGUAAUAUGAAUUGGGUUUUACAUUAUUCUCAAUGUAAAUAGCAAAUAUACUGUAAACAUGGUACUUUUUUUAGUCCUCCAGCCUGUCGAACUCCCUCGAAACUGGAUAUGACAAUCACCCAUUCACACGUGUUCAUUAGUCUUAACUAAUCUCAUUCACACACCACUUGCCAUGCCACUGGGAGCAAAUUGGGGUUUAGUGUCUUGCUCAAGGACACUUUGACAUUUGAUGACAAUAGCUUGUUUCAAACCACCAACCAUUUGACUGGGAGAUGAUUAACUCCAUCUUUUGGCUCCAUGUUACAGUUGAAGGACUGUUAAUCCAUGCACAUGAUACAUGGACCUACUAAAGCCAAAGUGAGGAAAAGUUAGACACAAUUUACAACAUUGGGACCUUUGUACGCAAUUAAACAGUAAAUUUUAUCCUACGAAAUCAAGAGCUAUGACAAUGCUUGUAAGGAAAAUGUGAAGGUGUGUUUGGAAAGGUGCUGAGAUAAGCAUGCUUGGAUCCCGUUGUGUUAUUUAUCUUUGACCACAGUAGCAUUCACAUUACAUCUCCUAUAACAGGGUAAACCACAUUUUUAUUCUUUUGGCAAUGUCAAUACACCCAAUAAAUGCAUGCAUUACAAAGUAUUAUUAGCAUUUAUUGACUGAUUGAAUAAUAGGGAAAGGCAGAUAGUGAAGGGUUAGUAAGGACUUUGUCCAGCACUCUAACUCCCUGGUCAUUAAUCACCUUAUAUGGUUUGGAUUCUCGGGCACCUUUAAUUUCAAAAUAAUUAAAAAAUAUUCAUUUUAUCAGAGCAUAGUUCGCUGUAGAGGAAAUGAGCCUAUAACUGUAUAGCUGCAUACGUUAUCAGAGGUUGGGGGAAGGGAAACAGCUUUAUGGGUAUUGCAGUCUGUCUAUUGGGAAACAGUGUUUGCUGCAGGGCUGAAACCCACCAGCCAUCAAGUACAUCUCUCUGUAUGUGUGAGUGAGUUUAGUGUAUAUGAAGCUUUUCGCCUCUAUCAGCGCUUCCUCUACACAACCAAUAUUCUCUCUCUCUCUCUCUCUCUAUAUAUAUAUAUAUAUAUAUAUAUAUAUAUAUUUGUGUGUGUGUGUGUGUGUAUAUAUAUAUAUAUAUAUAUAUAUAUAUAUAUAUAUAUAUAUAUAUAUAUAUAUAUAUGCGUGAGUGUGUAUAAAUGUACAUAUAUACACAUAUACAUGUAAGAGGGAUUCUAUAAAGGUUAAAAAGAAUAGGACCUAAAUAUGACCCCUGGGGGAUACCACAGUUAUUUUCAUAAUGUCCAUAUGAGAAUUCACCCAAACUAACAUAAUAUUCUCUAUCAGUAAGAAAGGAUUUAAACCAGUUCAAAACAGUGCCAGAAAUAACAAUAACACUGUGAAGUCUGUCAAAGAGAAUUUUAUGGUCCACCAUGUCAAAGGCUGCACUCAAAUCAAGCAGCAACAGGACAGAAGACAUUUCUCUAUCCAUGUUUAACCUCAGGCCAUUUACAAAUUCGAUAAGUGCAGUCUCUGCUCUGGGAUUCAUCUUUAAACCAGAUUGGUAGAGAUCACAAAUGACAGUCAAUUUUAACAGUCAACCUUAUCUAAAAUCAGGUUGUAAAUAAAGAAGGAUUCAUUUAAAACCUUUCCUUUGUGCUAGUUGGUAAUUUUGCAAAAAGCACUUCAAAAGCAAAUCUACCCUGAAGGUGGCAGGAGAUUGGUUUUGGGAGUAAAGAGGAGGCGGUUGGAUAUUUAAGGUUACAUCACUGAAUCAAAGUUUGAGGUACACAAACAUGCCAGAGCUUCCCUUAAAGGCACAAAACCCCCUUAAAUUAAGUUUAGAGUUCGUGGGUUGCAGCUUUUAAUUCAUUUCAAUGUUAAACCCUGAAUUGGAUUUAGGGAUUCUGGUUCCUAAACUGAUGAGCGACAUUGACAAGGGUUCAUCUGCAAAGCCAAAAACUGCACAUUGAAGUUUAAACUUUACCUUUAUGUAAAGUCUUUUUUCUCCUUCUAGAGAGAGGAAGUUUCCAACAUAACUUAAUUGAGCACAAACACAGCUUAGGUAAGCCAAUCCUGAAUUGGUUUCUUAUUGCUGGAGGCUGUUUUGACAAGACAACAUUUGAAAGUGUUGCACGUGUUUUAAAGUUAACAAAAGGACUUACACCAAGAAAAAAAGACCAACAGCAACCAAUAAUCUUCCUGAAGCUCCUACCAGCCUUAAAAUUGCAUUGUAGUGAACAAAUGUCUGAACUUCGUCUCACCCUGCAGUUAUCCUGCCUCAGUUUAAAUGUUUCAUACAGUCUGCCUUUACUUCUGCCUAAGCCUUUAACUGUCUUCCUCUGUUUCUCUGUUUCUCUGCCUCCAAAAGUAGACCGGGAUUGAGGCAAACAAGAUUCUUCCUGUGUAAUGUUUUAGUUAAACUUAAUGCUGUGUGCUGCAGAGUGUGUGUAUGUGUGUGUGUGUGCAUGUACUAAUUUGAAAGAGCAUGUUUUACCCCCGUGUUUGAGAUUUCUGCUGCGUGAGUGUGUGUGGACCCUCCAGCUGACUGACAGUGCAGUGAAUCAGCACAGGAGCUGUAGUCAUGUGGAAAUAAUGAACAUAAUUUAUUUAGCAAUACUGUCCUCAGUGUGCGAAUGUGUGUGCUUGUGUGUGUGUCAUAAUUGUGUUAAAAAUAUGCAAAAAAUGCAUGCUUGUGUUCACUGAAAGAAUGGGUUACUUUCCCACCUGUCUAAAAUUUCCUCUUGAAAAGGUUAUUGCCUAACCAAGACACUCUCACACAACCGGUGUUUCCAGGUUUAAAGAGAGUGAUGUGAGACUCUUAUGCUAUGCACACACGACACAUUACAAUCUCAAUUUAUCAAGGGCAAUUUAUCAGGAAAUAUAUAUUUGAUUUCUCACCAGCUUGAUGCACAGACAAUCAUGCACAAGUAAGAAUGAAGAUUUUCAAUGAAAGCUCGGAGGUCGCUGUCUGCAAGGGCGUCCGUCCCUCGUGACACUGCUGUGAUCUAUUGUUAGUGACACAUAGCCACAUACACAUACACAUACACACCCAUGAUCUCUUAACAAAUGUUUUAUUAAUGCCUGACUGUGUGUGUGUGUGUGUGUGUGUGUGUGUGUGUGUGUGUGUGUGUGUGUGUGUGUGUGUGUGUGUGUGUGUGUGUGUGUGUAAAAGGAGUGGCUCAUGGGUUAUUCAACUCAUCACAAACCUAAAGAAGACUAUCAUUUCGGACCAGAUGUUUUAUCACCUUUACACUUCACUUUCAUGGAGAAUAUUUUAAAUCAGGAGUUUUUUCCUUCAGAAGUUUAAAACUUUUUUCUGGAAUAUAUAUAUAUAUAUUUCUUAACGCGAGUGAUGGGCGAUAUAGUAGGCCAAAAAAUUAUCACGAUAAUAUUUUCCAUUCUGGCGUUAAUAAUAAAUGUCCAGUUAAAAAAUAUUACAAUUCCUUGAUAUGUUUUUGACUAAUUCUGUCUUGAGUACACCACAAUCAUUGUUCUUGAAAGGCACUUACCAGUUGGCAUAGUCAAAUAAGAUACUUAUGCACAAGUUUAGGGGUAGAUUAUAGAGAAAACUAGUGAAAUGUAAAAACACUUUCAACAUUUAUUGAAAACUCUUAUUGCACAGAGUGAAUAGAGUGAGCAGAUCCACUGUCAGAUGUCAGGCAUACCUGGUUUCACUGGUCUAAACCCCAAUCUUGAAGGAAAUCCCUCAUGUUGAGCCUCAUUUAGCAACAAGCUCCUCAGAGAUGUCUUCUUUACCUUCGGCCAUGUUUGUUCGUUACUCAGCUCUGUGUGGGCUAUUGCUGUGAGUCUGUCACUUGUGCUUCUGUCAUCAACUUGCAUUUAUUGUGUUUAUCGUGAGAUGGCAAAUAUUUAUCAUGGGGGAAUUUUCUGACAAUUUAUCGCCCAUCCCUACUUAAUGCCAUGUUUUUUUAUAGCCAAGCUAAUACCUGUUGAAAGUGUACCUGCAAACAAUCUUUGGCAUACUUGUGGCCUGUAACAUCAAUUACAAGGUUGGUUGGUAAUGGCAGCAGAUAAUUAUUUUUCCAUAUGACUCCUGAUUCUGAAUUAGAGUGUUUUUCAAACUUGCCUCGAUAAAUCAGACUCAUAAAGACUGAUGUUUAAACCAGAAAUACAUCCUGCAUGAUGUUCCAUCUGCUCUUAAGAUUUAGUCUUUUUAUCUUGAAAGUGUCCAGUCGGACAAAUCAAGCUGUCAUCCCUUUAAACACACACCCAUUUUACUAGAACAGAGCACUUGACCCCUUGGCCUUUGCUGCUAUAUAUCACCAUAGACAUGCACACAGAUCCACAGCAGCCACCCCUGCAGAAAAAGGCAUGGAAAAUGGCCUCAGUAAGUUAGAGUGCUUUUUUUCAGGGGCAAAAGAAAUCAAUAAGAUGUUUGACGGUUUUGAAGUGGUUUACAGUUAGAUGGCAUGCAGAAUCUCAGAAAUCAAAAAUCUGUUUAUAAAACUCUAAAACUAAUAUCUAAACAGAAUACAAAACACAUCUUUAAAUUCAUUCACAAGGUUAAAAUUGGUAGUAAUCUGUAUUAAUCAUUACAAUGAUGUUACAUAUUUUCAUAUGAGUAUCAAAAAAGAGACAUUUUGCACAAUGUGAAAACUUUCUGCAGUUUGAUUUUUGAAAUUAUAACUUUCGUUGGUGUUUCUUUUUCAUUACUUGAACACUUUAUCUCUACCUCUUCAUUUCUGUAUCUCUUCCAUCUGCUGCUCUUCCUGUUCUCCAUAUUUGCUGUCCUUUCCCUACUCUCUGCACAAUCUUAAUGAUUUCAGAUUUCUUUGUGCUUCUUUUUCAAUGUUACACUUCUCUCUCACUCUGCUCACAUAGAAAACCUAACAUGCCCAAGUAGCUUUUAAAACUGCAGACACAAAGAGUGAUAUAUAAAAAGGAAGGAAUAUUAGACAGCAACAGAACAUACUAUGAUCCAGCAGACCUUGAUAACAGAGUCUGAAGCGGAAGAAAAGAAGUAUGGCCGCCAAUAAAAACAGAAAGGAUGUGUUGAAUUUAUUCCUUCAUCAUGCUGCUUGGUGAGACUGGUUUUUAGUGCAGCUGCAAGGUCAUCAGACACACACUGACACACACAUAUACACUCACACACAUUGAUCAUCAGACACUGUUGUGUGAAAAGUGUGUGAAAGGAUCUGAUUGAAUGGAGAAAAGGGUCAGAGGUCAAAGAGGGUGUCAUGUUUAAAUCAGCAUCUAUGAUUUAUUCGACUGAACCAACAGCCACACAGAGAGGUGUUUCUGUUACUCGGGCCAUAAAAUGGCAUGAACAUAGGAAGUUUAAAGCAUGAAAAAAGGAAUGCUUUUGUGAAUGUGAUUCACUCUUAUAGGCAGGCCCAAGGGGGAUUUAGAGUCGUUUGAGUCUUGAAAACAAUCUGGCCAUUAUUCUUGAUCUUAAGUGAAACUGAGAGGAGAGAAGAAGAGCACAAAAGUGAAGAGGGAAGCAUUAAGGCAUUUCUCCCCACUCAGAAAGGGCCAUUAUGAGACACAGAGUUCCAGGAGAGCCUCCUGAAGAGAGGAUGAACUGUUUAUAAUACAAAAGGAUAAGAACUGGAAUAAAGUGUCGAACAUCAGGGAGAUUUUGAGGGUUAUUGAGCCUGCAUGUCAUUCAAACCUACACAGUGACUUGAUUAUUUGUUCAGAUUGCAGCAAUAUGGGCUGGCAUCCACAAAGCUUCCCACACAAUUACACUCCCCCACACACGCCCUCAGGGCUCCAUUGCCAUUGGCUAAAUGUUAAAAGCUUUGAUCUUGGGCCUCCAUCAGAGGCCAAAUUUCACUCUAACAUGCUGGUUAAUUAAUACCUGCUACUUCAGGCCAAGCCCGAAACUUUAUGGGUGUUUUGGAUGUGGCACAAUAUCAUUAGAGGUUUUUUUUUAAAUUAUUAUUAUUAUUAUUAUUAUUAUUAUUAUUAUUAUUGUUAUUAUUAUUAUUUAUUUAUUUUGUAAUUUAUUUAUUUAUUUUUUAUUUUUUUUAAUGUUUUUUAUUUUUUGGGGGGGGAAGCGUGUGAUUACAAUCUUUUACUAUACUGUAGUUACCAUGUGCAAUAUUAUUGGAAGCAAAAACCCUGAAGAUUUUUUUUUUUUAAGUGUUUGGCAUCAUUCAGGAUUGAUAGUAGGUUUUAGCUGUAAUGGACAGGAUACAGACAGAUGUGCAGCAGUUUACCUCAUCCUCCCAAACUUUUUUCAGUCUCUAUUAUUGUAAGUUAAUGAUCAUAGGGAGCCUUAAUUGUAAUUAUUAAAAUCUGAUUAAUUGCUCAGCUCUACUACUAACCAACUGAAACAACUGCUUGACACAACACGCUGAUGUUGGUAUUCAACUACCAACAGAUGCGGUAAUAAAGCUGAUAGGCAAUUUCAAUUGCAACUGACAAUGAGCAAAUGCAUGAUAUUCAAUAAACAUCAGGAGAGGCCGGAGCUCCAACGAUGCAGCAUCUUUUCAUCUAAAUCACAACAGAGCAAACAAGCCAUCAAUGUAAAACAGCCUAUGUGUCUUUAAGUGGCCUUUUUAACUGUUUUUGUGUUAAGUAGAUCUGCUCGUCCAGGUGAAUGAAAAUGAGACACUAAUUUGAGUUUGUAGGCAGUAACCUAAGGCAUUGAUUCUUGCCCAGUGUACGUAAACUGGGACAAGGGCAGUGGUCCUGUUAAAUCACUUAACUGUGCAUGUAAACAUACUGAUUGUCAUCAAACUAGACUUCCUGGUUAACUAUAGCUACUUAGUUUUACUCAGUGGAAGUAUUUUAGAUGUUUUUGGAGUAGUUUCAAUCAUAAGUCUAUACCUAAAAGUUCUCCUUCUUCAUCACAUCAGAAUUAACAAACAGGUGGUUUUCAUCCUAAAGAGGUUAGAGGAAGCUGCUCUAUAAUUUCUGUGCAUUGAAUGUUCAAGUUUUGGCUAUAUUUUUAAAAGAGAUUAUAAACCUCCUCAAAAUGAAAUGUCUUUGAACACAUAUUUGAUUUGCUCUACUUGUCAUAAGUCCUUGUGUGCAAAGGUCUGACUUAGCCUGUUGGUUUAGCUGCUGUUGUUCCUUCAGCUCAAACGGCGCAGUGAGCUUUUGACACCAGAGGUCUUUGGGGGACAAACAUGUGACCCUGACCAGCUGUUGCAUCAGCACAUGCAAUAUGUGAUAUGCAUGUGCCACCACAUGCAGAUACUGUGGGAAUAUGAGGUUUCUCUGAAUGAGGAGUUUACCCUCGAAGAAUUUCAGUCAAUGGGCCAGAAUCUGUGAUUUUCACAAGUUUUUUAGGGUUGCAGACUUCCUGUCAACAAAUCCCAAGAAAUUGAGUAUGUGUUCAAAAUGAAACUGACCCAAGAGGCUGUAUUUUGCAAAACGACUCGGGGCUGCUAGUGAGCCAAUUUGCCACACCUAUUCUUAGAUCCAACAAAAUAUACUUUUUAAAUUUUUUUUUGUACCAGACUAUCACAAGUUUUUGAGCGGGUCCAGGUGCCUAAAAACUGCAAUUGUUUCAUUCUCACACCAUUUGUUGCUCAGGCCCUGGUUCACUUUCGAUGUUUUGUUUCAUAUGAACAAUGUUAAAGGGAAAUAUCACUAUUUUUAUGACUGCACUGAGCUUUAUGUUUUCCCAAAGGCAACGGUCUGUGAGGAUGUUUCACAGCCUUGUAUUCACAGAGCAGAACACCUGCUUCAGUCUGGCAGAUGUUAUGGUUACUCUGGCUUUGUUUGGUUUUAAAGAGACAGGGAGUUUCUUAUUGUUUAGUCUGAAUCCAAUGUCCAGAACUUUGGACAGGCCAUGCCCAUGAGACUCUGUCUGUAUUACACACAAAGAAAGAAACAAAGAACCCAGAAAGAGUUUCUCUUAGUUUCUAUAUAUAACACACAUUUUCUCAAUUCUACUAAAGCAUAUUUUCAUGAUUAAAACCCCUCUCCAAGACUUUUUAACUGGUUAUAAAACAGUCUGAAACGUGACACCUAUUCAUGAGGUACAGAAGCAAAUAAAAAGUUUGACAGCCAUGAAGGAUUGAGUCGUGGACAUUUUGCACAUCACUACUUACACAUGAAAAAGCAUGAUCAGCAAAGUUAAAAGAAGCAUGGUUUCACCAUCGGGGGCGCCAAAAUCAAAGCAAACAGCAUAUUUCUCCCAGGAGUUUGAAGGAUUAAUAGACUCUUCAACAACUAACAGAAGAAUUUUGGACAAUAAUAUGUGUCAAAAAAACAUAUUAAUAUAUUUUAAUUGUCAUUCAUCCCCUCAUGAUUUUUCCUAACUUUGAUUAUAGUAAAAGAAAAUUUUAAGAAUCUGAUACCCUUUAGUUAAACGAUUAUGAAGGAAGAUGUGCUGAGGUGUUAAUAUAACACAACAGGAGAGCAUGAUCACAGCUGGUUGUACUGUCUUUCUUAAAUUUAGAUAUAAAUGAUUUGAUUUUUGUUGAUUCAUUAACUUAUUCUUAAAGAAGCUGCGUCAUACACAUUUGACACUCAGUAAACACACUAAAUGUGUUGGGGCUACAUCUAAAACCAACAUACACAAACACAUUGCUCACAUACUCACACAUGCACAUGCUAAUCCUGCAGGGCAUGGACGAAUUUAGGGCAAGCCUGAUUAGUGGUGCUGCUGCUUAUCACUCAGAGCCAGAGUGAGAGACGAGAGGAAGGGAAAGGGAAGGUGGAGGGACUGGAGGAACAUGGGGGGAGUGGGAGAAGACAGAAUUUAAUGUACAGCUAUGUAAAUAUUUUUUUUAUUAUUAAACUAAUGCUAACCAAAUAUCGACAACAAGAAAUAACAAUACUCAUUAGAAGGAGAGAAGUGGUGACUAUGCUCCGUCCUUGGAUUUCCUUUUUCUCACCUACAAACCUGCUGCCCAACCACUGACUUCCACCCCUGCCAGCGUCCUUGUAUUAUUCACUUUCCUCAUUUCUACACUUUUUUUCCCUCUGCAUACCUCUUACUUCUUGCUGAAUUUCCAUUGGGGAUAAAAAAAAAAAAAAGUUCUUGUAUUGUUUUGAACUUCUGCUGUGUACAUGUGGUUUCAUGUUUUCCGAUGACGAUGAAUCUAGUUGGAGAAACCAUCAUUGUCAGGGUCAUUUAGACUGGAUAAAGUCUUCUCCUCAAUACUUACAAAAACACUAUCUUCUGUGAGCGUUUAGACACUGUGGCGAAAGGUGUCAUAUUUGCUUAAAACAGGAACAAAGCAUGUAUGUAAUUUGAAAGGCUGGUUAGUUUAACAAGGAUAGACAUCACUUUAGAAAAAAUUCAAAUUCAUGAUACAGAAUUGAGCUACAAAAUUGUAUUAAUUUGUGUUUUUCUGCUCCCAUCCCACUGAGCAUGUUUUGGUCUAAUGGAUGUCUAAAUGUCGUCUAGACGACUGGUCUAAAAUCAGGCUACCACAGGUCUAAAUUUAGACCAAGUCUAAAUCUGGUCUAUAUCUAUACAACACUGUAUAUUGCUCAAUGUCUAUUAUAAUUAUUUGGUUAAGUACUUGGAGAUCAGUUAUGCAAAUCACAGUUGCUUUUUUAAAUAAAUAGUUAUCGAAUAAUGGGUUAAAGUGCAACAUUUAGAUCAAAUUAAAGAAUCUAGAUGGUUGAAAUUUGGUCUAAAAAAACUACACAUCUAAUAGCCGUCUAUUGCUCAGUGGGAUGUUGAUAUGUCCAUUCCUAAUUCCUGGUUCACAAAAUAUCAGUUGUAUCAGUCUGAAUCCAAAAAGCCGUCCAACUACUCGCUGUAACUUUAUCAAAGCUUUCAACUAACAUUUUUCCUCUUUUAAAGGUGUGUGUGGAUGCAUGUUUUGUUCCCUUGUUUGGCUAACAUUAAAACAUAGUUCCCAUUUUAUUUUAGCUUCAUAGAGAAGUUGAAUGAUAAUUUGACCUUGUCAGGUUGCAAUAAAGCCUUUCACUUCUGAGUGCUCUUACUGACAAUUAAUAGUUUGGAAAAUGUGAGGUUUUAACAUGUAGCAGAACAAACUUCUUUUCCAUACAGUUAGUAGAAACACUGAUCUGCAACUUCAUGUGCAGUCUGUCUGCAAUAUUGCACAGUUAUGAGUAAAUAGACAAAACCAGACGGCAGACACUCUCACAAAGUUAUUGUUCUUCCAGACCAUUGGGUUUUAAUCUGUGUAGGAUUCAGCUGCAGUGCUUUGUACGGAGUGAAGUAUGAGGAGCUAAAUGACUGCCAGUCUUUGUAGAUCUAACAGCACAGAGCUUUGAUGCUUUGAGGCCUUUGUAAGGUCCUUUUAUUGACCAGAAAAUCGCUGAAACUGGCCGUGACCAUUACAAGAGGAGGCUUGUCUUUCCCCUUUUGACGACUCUCUUGAUCUCUGUCAUACACAUGUGCUUUUGUUAUAAUAGUGACCACGGAUGUUCUGCCUAAUCAAGGUUAGGGAGGAACAAUAAGUCUACGGAAAGAAAUUACCUUUAAUCUAAGACACAGGCUGAGGUAUUCAUUUUGAUUUUUAAGAGUAUAGUGCACUUAAAUACACUUUUUUACAAUGUGUAUGUGAACAAUUUUACCAUAAAACCAAAUCUCAAAUCUCAGUAACCAUCUUCACUGUUGUGAUUUUAUUUCGUUUUUUUAGUGGAAGUGAUUUACAAACAAAUUUAGGAUUAUAAUGAACUUCUGAAUUUCCCUGACCCAAAUGUAACUUUCGGUCUUUUUGUGAUAUAUGCAUCCCCAAAAGUUAAAGAUUGUAUGAUCAAUGACAAGUGUUGGGUAGUAAUGUUUUAUAAGUAAUUAGAUUACUUUUUGCAGUAAUGACUAAUGUAAGGGAUUACAAUAUCCAAAACAGUUAAAUUACAGUAACUAAUCGAAAUAACGCUGCAUUACUGUGUUACCUGGUUGUUUUUGUCCUGGGCGGCCCAUCAAUGAUGUUUUAGCGCAGCAGGUAAUAGCAGGUUUUGGCGGCUACUAGCUACAGAUAAAGGCAGUAUGGAGGAUGAAUGGAAAAGAGGUACUGGAGGUACUGCCAUUAUUUUGAGUUUGCUUCCGUCAAAGAUUCAAAGAUGUGAAGAACAUUGUCAUAAUCUGUAAAUUUUGCACAAGUAGCAAAACACUUUCAACUGCUAAAAGUAUGCCAUCAAAUUUAUUGAAGCACUUGCUAAAGUAGCACAGCAAUGUUAAACUGGUUGACUUGUCUCUUCAAGCAAUGGAGACUGGAUUUCACUGGAUCAGUACACAGUCAUGAGACCUUGAUUGGACAAGAAGACCUGCAGAAGCUGGGUAUAUCGAAAAGGAGAUGUCACCCAUUUCCACAGUUGACUCACCCUCAUUACUGUGAAAAAAAUAGAAAAUAUACCCACAAAGAGCAACGCAAUACUGCGACAGAGAAAGACAUUUGCUGGCUAUUUCGAGAGAGAAUAAGCAGUGAUAGAGUCUAAUCUAAAGGCCACACUGGGAGAGAUAAACUUUGAGUCUGGUUUUCCCUCAUCCACCCGCUGGUAUUCGUUUCACAAAGCUGUGUCCAGAAUCACAGAAAUUCCCAUUAAUGAGCCAAAUAGCUUAUGCCUGAAACAGGGAAUUAAGUGCAUCAGCGACAAGGAGUACAAAUUCCUGCAGGGUACUGCAGUGUAAUGAAGCCGCUUACGGCAGCGUUGGACAUCUUACAAGGGAGCAACUGUUGUUAUGACUCUGACUCUGUUACCAACCCCCUAAAACCUGAUGUCAAAGACACUUUCCUAGAAAGCUACCCUCUCCAGAAAGACAGCUAGCCUUCCUGGCGUAAUUGUAGAAGUACGUCUAAGUUCAGGCUAUCCAGACUGGUUUUGCUGGUGUACAGGAUAGCAGAGAUGCUCUUCCUGCUUCUACCAGUUGUCUGGAGUUUAAACUUUGAUGGCUGAAAGAUGACAACAGGGAAGAGUAUCGGAAGGAGCUUCCGACAGCAGAGUGUCACUCAACUACGCCCACAGAGGACCCUGCAGCUGCCUCAGCAACAUCUGCCAGCGCUGACGAAAUUGACGUUUUUGUAUUUGAGAGAGAGCCCAAGGACAGCUACUCUGCAGAGAAAGAAGUAAUGGACUACUUGAGGUUAUGAGGCUGAGACUCUAAACCAGUUCUUAACCUCUAAAACAUUUACAUGACGUUCAUCCUGUUUAGUUUUGGUGCUCUGACUCAACAAAUUACUUUUUUUUUUUGAUAGUAAAUUAUUAUAAUUUCCGAGUUAUUUGCCCAACAAUGUCAGUGAACCACAAAAACCUGAGGUUGAUACUUAUCCAUGUUUUGUGUGGCAGUUCAGUUUAACUUAUAUGACAGUGAAGCUUUGAAUUCUGCUGUUUUCUUAUUAACAGUCAUACUCCCUCAUGUGAUGCAUUCUGGAGUGUUGGACCAGAGCCCGCACAGGUGUGUUUUCUAGUCGGCCAAGCUGUUAAAAGCUGGUUUGUCAUUAAAACGACAGAUUUCUUCCAUCAGACUGUUACACGCUUGGUAAAUAAACGGAACAACUUGUUGUGGGUUUAUAGCACAAUUGGUGGUCCUGUGUGUGUGUGUUUUUAUAACUGUGAAGAGAUUGUGCAGGAGAGUGCAUGCCUCUCUGCAUCUCUUCUCUACAUCCCAUCAGUUUUGAUUGACAGAUGCUGGAGACAGGUGUAUAAUUUAUCAAAUCCUGGUUGGUCCAAUCCCUCAUGCCCUGCAGCCAGAAACCAGGGUUUUGUCCCUUAAAGCCAAAUCCAGUUUAUUAAACCCUUAAUGGAUACACCACACACCCUGACACGCACGCACGCACGCACGCACGCACGCACGCACCCACACACACACACAAACACACACACACACACACACACACACACACACACACACACACACACACCGUUGGUCUCUCUCCCUGGCUGCCUCUCAGUCAUGUUUAAUGCAUUAUGAAUGAAUGAUUCAUGGCAUGAGAGAGGAUGUUGUAUUUUAGGGCUACUUAUUCAUUUAUACUCACACCAAGCUCUUUUUAAAUAUACCCUGAGAAUUUUUUUCUACAUGUAGAAGGUCACCGGGUUGUCUAGACACAUCACCCAAAUCUAUUUUGAUAUGGAACUGCUCAUCUUUGGUAAAUCUGAAGUACACAACUAUCAUUUUUCUGCUAUAUUUUUUAAUUUCAUAUUCAUUUGCUUCGGGACUACAGUGUGUGACUGUGAUGCUUUUCACCCAGACCAUUAGGCCUCAGAUUACCAAAAGCUGUCUUCAUUUUUUUUUUUUUUUUUAUGAUGAACUAGAGCAGGGCAGUAUGAAAAAUUGCCAAUAUUGGAAUAUUUUUUGCGCAAAACACAAUAUCUAUCGUUAGAUUUUUUUGAACUCCUGUUGAACCCCUGUUGAAAAACUUCCACAAAACUUAAUCAGAGCAUGUCAUCAUUUUUGUUAUUUGUAAGCUUAUAUCCGCUCUAGUAUCAUCACACUAACGUCUUCUAACAGGGCAAACAAACACUGUGAUGGGAGACUGUAUAUCAAAUGUUUCAGCUGUCUUCUCCCUGUGCUUUAUGUGCAUGUGGUUAAACUAUUUUUUCUAUGAUAUGCAACUUUUAUAUUGCAUAUCUUUCACAACAUGUUAUUGCCAUCUUUUUUUUUACUUGCAUGUAUCACUUUUCCUGAUCACAGCUGAUAUGAUGCAUAUAGCUAAUUAAGCUGCAGUACUUCAGCCCAGAACAACACAUGCCUGAGUUGUGUAAUGAUACUCAAGUAAUAAGUACUUAAUUACUUGAGUAUUCAUCCCCAUCCCUACUGCUUACAAGUUGACCAAAUCAACCAAUAUUGCAGUACAGUUUAUUUGUACACCUAAAUCCAGUUAAAGUCCCACUCCGAUCAUAUUUUUUUACAACUUAAAGUGUUCUCAGUGGUCUUUAAACUAUGAUGAUGAAGUUUUUAGCCAAAUUCACGUUACCUGUGUCAUUUUCAAGGGCUCAUUAGUAAUUCACCUCUGAGUCGUGGGCGGAGACAGCACUGCUCUGCACACUCCUCUUCACAUUAGCUUGCAGCCUAACAUAGUAGCAGGUUAUAUUGGAGCUAUUCAGCUCUCGGAUACUAAUGUCCUCAGGGGCAUGAUGAAAGCUAAUAUCAUAAUUAGCUUUCUUACGAGCAUUGUAAUCUGCUAACACACAUGCUUGUUCUGCAAUCGUCCUCUCUACCUCUACGAGUCUGGCCUGCAGAGCUAGGCACAGGGGGCGGAGCUUGGAUAUGUGACAUAGAAAAUCUCACUGUGUCUGAACCUGCUGUUUGUGUGGAUUUGAAUGCAGAAAUACUCAGAAAUGUAAUUUUAAUCUUAGUUUCUCGUGAUUUGACCUCUACCAUCAGAAAAAUGCCAUAUGAACAUGUAGACAACAAGAAAAACAUGAUUUUCAUCAGAGUGGAUCUUUAAUGCAAGAUUAUGUAUGUCAACCACAGUGACAAAAUUACCUCUCAAGAGGGAAUUUGUUUGCAAAAUAAUCAAAAAAGACAGAGAGCAUGGGGACAUGGUUUGACCCUGCUACAAAGGAGGGAAGAGGUGAUAUUUGAUACGUGGCAAGCUGCAGGCUCCUGCUGUCAAGAGGGGUCAUUUACCCAAUCUGCAGAGUAUCCUCUCUUCUAAUGUGACAGAUGUCUCAUCCAAUUGAAUCAAAUAUUCUUUCAAACAAACAGCUACUUUUAAAACAUUAAAGAUAGAAGACAAGUUUGUGUUUUGCGUAUUUGGUAAUAUAUAUGUUAAUUAAAUCUGACCCUUGAUUAGGAUUUGUCGUAUGUUUUUUCUGAACUGAAGGGUUAGAGCUGUGUGUGUGUGUGUAAGUGUGUGUGCUAGGGGGCAGAUGGUGGAGCUGUAGCAUUCAUUUCCUCACAUUAGGUUGCACAGCAGGUGGUGUCAAUGUGUGCUUGUGUGUGCAAAUCUGUGUGUGGCAUCAUGUACCCGCACAUCCAGUGAGGACAAAUGUACAAGGACAUCCCCACAGACCUUGCCUUUAGCCUGUGUCACUAACCCUCAUGUCACCCUAGGUGUGUGUGUGGCCUCAUGGAUGUGUCGCAGAAUAGAUAAAGCAGUGAAUAGAGCUGUGUCUAUCAGAUGCUGCAGGCCAACAGAAGGAUACAUGGAUGACAAUAUAGAUGGACAGAGAUGACAAAAGGGUGACAAGGAGACUUCUGACAGUGACUGUGAAGUUUUUUCUCAGAUUGUGGAGGGAAGUGUUAUCUUUAUAAGUUUGAGAGGAUACACAACUAAACUAGAACCGCUUAUGAGAACAACCUUCUUUAUACCUGUGCAUGAUGAACAGAAGGACAUGCGUAUGUGUGUCCACUUCUGUCUGUCACAUGCAUCUGCUUUUUACAAAAUGUGUACACCCUCUUCACAUUGGCUGAUUUUCUGAGUCUGGAGGCCCUGUGCGAGCAAAUCGCACUGAGGCUCGCAAUUAUGACUGCCUGCAGGCGCUUAGCUGAACAGAUGGCUCCUUAGUGAAUGAAAAAUGGCAUUCAUGUGAAAUGGUGAGGGGAAACAGACACAGACACAGACUGGCUGGAUGAAAAUGUCUGUGAUUCAGUUACAGGCAGAUGUCAGUGUGUUGGAUCUUUUCACUCCACAGAACAACUCAGAAAAAGCUCUAAGUGGAAAACCAUGUUUGCGCGGAGUUCCAUUUAUCCAAAUGUAACACAGUGGUACUUUGAGACCACUUCAUCACAUCGGUCAGUGUUAGGGAUUUCUGCAAACUUCUACUCCUAUUCAUUUAUUUUAGAAAAUGCCCUUAUAUGUAAUCACAAGGUACUUCUCACCUGCUUUAGAUUGGUAAUGGUAUUUCGAUUUUUCUUUGAUUUACUUGCGCAUCCUGAUGGAAAUGAAAUUUAAGAUUUGAGAAUAUUUACAUGUAAAUACAUGAGAUUAAAGCUAGGUGGCUAAGUUCCAUCCCCAGUCCCAUUAGCAGGUUGGUGUCAAUGGAACAAAAUCAGAGCGUAUUAAAAGACAAGCAGUAUACAUGAACUGUCGAUGACCUAAACAACAUAGAUGCCACAACAAAUCAGGUCGGGAGUUGGGGGACCAUGCUAAUUAUACACAGUGAAUUAUUAAGUGUGGGGUGCUAAUUGAAGUGCCAUAGUGCUAAACUGCCGGAUGCUAAAGUGCAGAGUGUUAGCUGCCUGGGAGCUCAGCUUUUCUUUAUAUUACACAUUGCCGAAUUAUUGCACUGAAAUAUAAAGUUUAUGGUUCAUAUGUAGUAUUUGUUUUUUUUUUUUUUUUUUUAACUUUAUUUUUAUCUUUUAAGGCAAACUUUCAAACAUACACGCAAAUAUUGUACAAAACAAAACAAGACAAGAACAAGAACAAGGGGGGCAAACACUACUCAGUUACAUACAGGUGCCAUUUAGUCCAUCUUACAGCAUAUAGCUCAGCUUUAAUUCGUAGUCUGUAGGUCAUUUGUUCCAUUGAUCGGAUUUCCUCUACAAUGGUCAGCCAGUCACUCAGUUCAGGUGGAUCAGUUCUUAGCCAAGUUCUUGUGAUGGCUUUCUUAGCUGCAAGAGAUAGGAUCUUGAACAGGUAUAUGUCCUCUUUACCCAUUACAUCUUCUAAUAUCAGUCCAAGAUAAAUAAACCGGGGAUCUUUGGGUAAAUUAUAUCCAAAAACUUUACCCAUGACUCUCAGGACCUCAUCCCAAAAUGUCUGUAUUUUCGUACAUGACCAAAAUAUAUGAGAGUGGUUGGCAUUCAGUUGCCCACAUUGUCUCCAACAAUGCUGUUGUUGACCUAAUUGUUUAUUUUUGAUUUUUGGUGUAAUAAAUAGACGUGUCAAAUUUUUCCAACCGAACUCCCUCCAUGUUUUAGAACUUGUUGAUGUAUGUUGGGUCUUGAGCAUGGUCUGCCAAUCACUCUCAGAUAAUUCAAUGUCGAGUUCCUUUUCCCAUUUCUCUUUUAUAUACAUUGUGUUUUUUCCCUGUUGCUUCAACAAACCUUUGUAUAGCUUUGAGACAAUUCUUAAGGGGGUUUGCUUGAACGCGCCUGUUAAUAUUUCGAUCACAUCAUUCCCCUCCACAGAAAUUUCCCUCUUAACUUCUGUCUCAUAAAAGUGUCUUAAUUGGAAAUAUCUAUAUAGAUCUUCAUUUUCUAAUCCAAACUCAUUUUUCAGCAAUGUAAAUGAUUUGAAAUGUUGCUUAUCUAUAAGUGUACAUGUGGCUGUUAUUCCUUUGUCUCUCCACUUUUCAAAGGUCUUAUCUAACAUUCCUGGUCUGAACCUAGAGGUGCAAGAGGGCCAAAUCAACAGUUUACAAUCUCCUGUUAAUUUAUAUUUUUUCACCACCUCAUACCAUAUUUCUAAUGUUCCUCUCACAACCAAGUUUUCUCCCUUAAGGUCUCUGUAUUCUUUCCCACUUAACCUUGACUGUGGAGGUGCUUGGCCUUGGCUCAUCUCAAUGUCCUUCCAUCGGGCUUGAUAAUUCGGAGAGCACCAAUACACAACAUAUCUUAACUGUGCUGCAUAAUAAUACCCUCUUAAGUCUGGCAGUGCCAAUCCUCCAUUUUCUUUGUCUAGCUGAAGGGUCUUGAGUCUUAUCCUCGGUCUGGCUCCAGCCCAAAUGAAUCUGGAUAUUAGCUUAUCCCAUGCUGAGAAUUGUGUGUCUGGUAUUCGAACUGGGAGCGACAGAAAAAGAAACAACAACCUAGGUAGGAGGUUCAUCUUGACCACCUCAAUUCUUGAACUGAAGUCCAUUAUUAGUGUUGACCACUUUGCUACAUCUCUUUGAAUUUUAUUGUUUAUUAACUUGUAGUUUGUCUCAUAAGUUCUGUCAAGUUCCUGAGUUAUUAUCACUCCUAGGUAUUUAAUUGACCUAGCAUUCCAAUUUAAGUUAUAUUUCUUCCUGAUUUUUUUAUUUGGCUUAUAGUUAAAAGUUAAAACCUGAGUUUUAGACAUAUUUAGUUUGUAGCCUGACAUUGAUCCAUAUUCUUCUGUUAUUUUCAUAUGUAGUAUUUGUUAAGUUGUCUUUGUGCUGUAUUAACAUUGUUCUAGUUCCUAUGCAUUUACCUACAGGUUAAAAAAAGCAUUAAGUAGUAUGUAUUUGAUAAUCAAUCAAUCAGUUUUUAUUCAUGUAGUGUCAAAUCACAACUAUUGUUUUCUGAUAAUGCUAAAUUGAUUGUGACACCUGGGAGCCGAGUGGAAGACAGAAACACUCCAGCUGUACCGUCUUCUUCAAGUUCAAGUUUCAAGUUUCAAGUUACUUAUCGUUAUUGUUGAACAAAGUUAACAACGAAAUUUGUAUGGAGCAUCCCCAUCACCACUGCAUUCUGAGCAUCUUAAGUAAAUUAGGUAAAUAAAGGAAACCUGAAAACUAUUUUUUCUUAUUUUUCCAAAACAUGCUUAAAUAUACUAUGAUCUAUUCAACACUAGCAGGUAUGUAUUUGUAUGUGUAGCACUGAUGAGUUAAUCUAAGAUGUAGUGUCUCUAGUAAUGAGUCAGUUCCUGUUUGGUUGUGUGUAUCAAAUGAAUAAUGUAUGACUAAGUAUGUGAUAGUGUGUGUCAUUUUCUUUGUUGGUUUGUUGAAGGUUAAAAAAGUAACUCAGUCUUUCUGUGUCAGCAUUAGUCUUUAAUCUAUCCCCUGAUGAGUUAAUAAGAGGAACAAUGGGUUCUUGUGUUUGUUGUCUGUGUUUAAUUGGAAUGUGCCACAUAAAGCUUUUGUACAGCUAUAGACCCUGGAAUAGAAAAGACAUGCGCACCCUCGACAUCCAGAAAAGUACUUCAAGUCUGAAGAUUUUAAAUGAGGUUUUGAGAAUAAAAUUAUGCAUUCCUGAAAAAAGGCAUCAAAUUACCAGAUUAAAGUCACAAAAGUGUUAUUUUAUGAGAAAUUACAAGCUACAAUCGACCUUUAAAGGUUAAACAACAUGAACUGUCUGAUGUAGUAGAGUCAACGUUAAAGCAAUAAUUUUGGUCAUUUUUUAAAUUAUUUUUUAUUUAUUUAUUUUUUUUAAAGGAAAGCAUAAAAUAUUAAAUGUAAAAUUAAAGAUAAAUAAAUGUUACUUCCUGCAUGAAGCUUACAUUGUAGUAAGAUUUGAUGUUUUUUAAAGGUAAUUCUCAAAUUUUCAAAUUCCAAUUUUCUAUCUGGCGGCUUAAUACUUUGUCAUUCACAGCGUGGCAGAUAGCACAGAUUUUUUUUUGAAUACAGAAGUGCUGUUGGCUACGAGGUUUAAGCAUGCUCCACAUGGACAGAGGCUUUAGUUCUGCUUGAUAGACUCUGGGCCAUGACCCACUCUCCUCUACUCUCUGCUUCCCGCAUUUCCUGUAAAUCUUCAGCUGUCCUUUUGAUUAUUACAAAAAUACCCAAAAAGAAACUUUGGGGAAAUGGAUUCUUUAAAUACUUUUGCAGGAAAAGAAGAGUCUUGUUCACAAAUGUAGCUACACAGUAAACCACAGUGACAUAUUUCAUACAUUUCCCUCUACAGUUCACAAGACAAACAUACAUACAUAAACCGCCUUACAGAUUGACUUCAUUCUUCAAAUUCAUGUGAGUCCUGUCUUUCAUCAUCUUUGUACUUUGAGGCGUUCUUGAGUUGACUCUUCCCUUUCUUGUAUUCAGCUGUAUUUUGAGUGUGCACAUACCAUGUUGGGCAGAGUCCCCGCUAACAAGAAACAUCUGGCAAUAACUUUCUACAAAAGCAGGAAGAUGAAGUGCAAACACAUCGUGAAACUGACAGAUAAGGAAAAUUUGAUGAGUGAGGCUUGGUUUGGAUACUUGACAAGAUAACAUAAUCAUCAUUUGUCAUUUGCUCCACAGACACCAUCCUAGGGCCGGAAAAGUUUGAAGGCAUAGCCAACUUCAGCACCUUCCUAUUGGAUCGCUCAUCAGGAAUGCUGUUCCUUGGUUCCAGGGAUGCUAUACUGGCUGUAGACACGUAUAAACUGAACCAAAAACCCCAAAAGGUAGGUUUACAUCACUCUCUUUUUUAAUGGCCUUGAUUUGUCACUUAGUGCCCUCUUGUUGGCUGAAAUUUGUUAUCAACUAAUUGAACUAAACCUGAACAGAAAAUCAGAGACACAGUUUACACGUUUGCAGAUUAACUUUUAAAACAGUUUACCAAUAAGAUAGAUUGCAUUCAAAGUGUUGUGUUUUAUAUUGUGUGAGAGCCCGCAAGCAAACAUAUUAAACAAUGCGCUUCAAUAUAUAUAAAUAUUUUUACUUUGGAUUACAUUUUUUUUUCCAUCCUUUUUUCAAUCAUCCAACAUCAGAGGCAAAUGUUAUACCUUAUAUUUUACCAUAUAUUUUUCCCAUACAAAAAAAAAGAUGCCCUGGGAUAAUGAGGUAGACUGUGAUCUCAAUUAAGUUUUUUUUUUUUUUUUUUGGUCAUAAAUUAUGUACCUUUUGACUUUGAGGUGUUUUUUUUUAAUGAGCCCAUUUUUUAAUAAUAGAUGAUUAAGGUUUUCUGUGGACUCUCACAGAUUUAAUUACAGUGUUCUUCUGAUUUACUAACGAAUUUGUGUUUGGAUCUUUCCUCUUGUUCAGAUUAUUUGGGAUGUGCCUGAGGAGAAGAGGAGGUCAUGUGUGGCAAAAGGAAAGACUGAGGUGAGAGCACAAAACCUCGAUCACUUUAAAUAUUUUUCUGAAAAUGGAAAUCUUGUCUGUUAACUGGUAGAACAGGUUUUUGUUUAUGCCCAUUAGUGCUUAAAUACUAUAUUUUAUACAGUUUUUAGGUCCAGGAACUGCACAGAGCCAUGUUGUGUGUCAAAUUUCAGAUAUGAGUCACUGAAUAUUGAUUUAAUUCCACUCUGCAUGAAUAUUGAAAGCUAGGACUUGAAAAGGUUAAAAGAGGAUAAAAAGGACUUUGAUACAGUCGAAACAUUUCCUGUAAAUGCCAUGGCCAUGAUGUUUAAUGUAACUGAGCUUACUAAACUGAAAAAUGGUUCGAGAAAUACAUGGAUCAGAGUGCAUUUGUGUCUGUCUGUGUGUGUGUGUUUGUGAUGUGAGAAGUAGGGGUGGGGGUUGCGGGUUUGUGUGUGUGUGUGUGUGUGUGUGUGUGGCUUUACCAUAACCUGGUGAUGUUAGGCUUUGGAUCGGAGUUCUGGGACUCAUGCCAAGAUUUGUCAGGGUUGUGCGUGGGUGGGUGUCUUUUUUCCGCUCACUGAGAGACAGAAAGUGAGUAAGAGUAAGUGAGGCAAAAUGUGACAUCACAGAUGUCAGCCAACUGUCUAGUCUAGAAACUGAUAAAUAGAGCAUACUGUGCACUCCAGUUGAAUAUCUCAUUAUGCUUCAACUAUAAUUAACCAAAAACCAUUGACUUCCAGCCUACUGCACAUGUUGAAUUACUUCAUUUUUCAUAAAUUUAACUAUAUUAUAUUAAUGAGAAAAAAACAGAUAAUAGGUAGAGCAUUUCAUUGGUAAAAGCAGAUACCAGAUUAUAAUCAAGUUCGUUCGAGACAUAGGCCUACUAUCAUUCAGUGCCCUGAUGGCGUUAGGAAUGAAUGAGUUUUUGAAGAGGUUAACGAACUCACUGUUUAAGAGAAUUGAGAGAAAAGAAAAGAAAAAGGGCAGAAAAGAGAAAGUAUAUUAUUGCUAUUGUUGUUCUGGCAAAUUGGUUCUCUAGAGCCCCGUGGUGGUUUUUGAAAAUCCAGUCCCUGUAGUUUCACCCUGGAUGGGUUUUUCUUACACAUACAGUAUUUGGCUUCUUAAAAAGUGUCUCUUGACAUUGUGGUUAAAUGUCAACUGGAGGUCUGUGUAUAAAAAAAAUGACCAGAAUCACCUCUUUUUAAACCAUUUGCAGGCAUCUUUUGACAAAUUUUCUUCUCAUACAGUGUUCAUCCCCCCCUGUGAACAAACACGUUUACAAGAGACCCGAACAAAGAAAAUUUAAGAGUUCCCUAAAGUCUGCUGUUUCGUCAGUAGACAGAAACUAUUUUUUUCCUCUAUUAUGCAUGUUCCAAUCCGACCUAAACUCAUAAUUCAUAAUGGAGGACAAAACCAGAACCCAUUCAUGUGGUAAUAUUUCAUCCAAGUUACAAUGCCUCCUUUCUGCAUCAUCAUAACACAUCAUGUUGAAGUUGAUCUUCAGGUGUUUCAAAAACUGAGCUUUUGUUGGAGGGAGUGAUCAGUAAAGAGUGUCAAAGAUUAACUUCGACAUGAUGUCUUGACAUUGAAUUUCACUUUGUGAUGUUUUCUCUUAAAAUUAGCUUUAUAAAUAAAUUCAAUUAUUGGCUACUACUGUUAUCAAAGUAAACAACAGUGAGCACAGGAGCACCACAAGGUUCUGUACUGAGCCCUUUACUGUUCAUGCUGCUGGUGCAUGUCUGUUCUGCUAGUGUCAAUACUAACUAUAUCAUAAAGUUUUCAACGACACUAUAGUCAUCGGCCUCAUCACAAACAGCUCUGUUUUUCAGCUUAAGUACUUUUAGAGCUUUUAACAAUUGCUUUUGCACUGGAUUACUGAAUGGUGGAUAUAUGAAACACAUUCUUGUUUUCAUGUGAAGCAUAGAAAUGACAGAGGAAUAAAGGAAUUGAUUGUGCUUGCUUUACAAAAACAGAAGUAAAAAAUUCAAACUACCGGCAGAUUGGAGAAACCUUGGUCUUGGUCACACUUUUGGUACACUUUUUUCCAUGAAACAAAUCAGUGCGAUACAGCUGCUUUUCACACCAUCAACGUUAAGCACAAUACAGUGUGAGUAACACCUAGAGACUUCCUGCGGCCUGUAAAUUACUCAAAUUUCCUGACGAAUCCGAUUAAAAUGUAAAGGUGCUGCAGGUUGUAUGUGGGGGCAGCAUCACUUUGCACAGCCCACAUCCUGCCAGAAAGAUUUAUUAACAAAGAUGGCGUCGACCAUAACAUAGUACCAUAGUAAACAGCACAGAUGAUGUGCAUUAAAAUCAUUAGAAAAUACAUUGCUGGUUUAUAACUUUAUUUCACACCAUAUUCAUAAGCAGUUUUGUAUGAGCAUUUGUUUGUAUUUGACCCAACCCCAGCUUCUUUCUCUUUUGUAUUUAAUCGUCUAAGAAAUUGAUUUUAAAGUGUCUUUGCAAGUGACCUGUAGUUACCAGUUAAGUGCUGAAUAAUCUUUUGGUUCUUUACAGAAUCGUAACAUAAUGCACUUUGUGUGGAAACAAUACCCGAAUGCGCACAAAAGCCAUUCCUAAAAUGAACCUGCUUAUGAUCAUUUGGUUGGUCUUUAUUGUUGAAUGUGUCUCCCUCUGCAGGUCGACUGCAACAAUUACAUACGUCUGCUGGAGUUUCUCGGUGAUGGACGCGUCUACGUGUGUGGCACCUAUGCCUUUGACCCUCAGUGUGCUUUCCUGGUUAGUAUGAGAGUUUGUGUUUGAUUUGUACUUAAUGUUUUAUUGUUCAAAUUGAGAAAGACAUCAAGAAGAGGUCUGCCAGAGGAUCGAAUGACACACCAAUGAUCACGCAUAUGUAUGCACCAACAUUAGGUGCUUUGACAGUAUGUUGACUCAGACAUGCUUUUUCUAUUGUCUGCAUGGAAAUAUUUUUAUUUCGAUUGGUGUGAACAUCCCCGUCUUUCUGUGGCUAAACUACAUAAUGUCCUCUAAGAAAAGUGCCGGUCAACCGUCGUAAGUAUUUUAUUGAAUCAGUCAAAGGCACCUUGAACACUAAAUUCACUCAAGCUUUUAGCAGUGACAAAAGUCAAGUAAACAGUCAUUUACAGCUGACAACAUGUUUUUGUUUCUUAAACCCAAAAAACUUUGAGGAUAAUAGAAAAAUAUUAAGGCCAUAUCAAAAUACUCAUUUAUACACUGUCUGUUUUUUCAUUUGGUAGUUAUGUGUUGCACUUGGAGUUUUAAUGUCUCUUUCUCUUUGGAUGUCCUCCUACAGGAGCUCGCCUCAUUCACCCUAGAGAAAACUGAAGAUGGAGGCGUAAAGAUGGAGACAGGGAAGGGCAAGUGUCCAUUUGAGCCCAGUCAGCACUACACAGCUGUUAUGGCAGGUGGGACAAUAAAGCUGAAUGUGUCACUGAUUAAAAGUUGGUUUAUUUUUGGUUGUAUGACCCCAGAUGGCUGUUAAACAUGAUUCUGGUUGUGCUCAUGAAAAUAAAGUUUUUCCUUAUAACUUGUUAAAAGCUGUAAGGUGCCCUGCUCAUGGUGGAUUAAUACAGUAUGAAAGUACGGAUUUUGGCCAUGGAUAGUUGUUUUAUAUAAUAAAAAGACUUGUCAUGAUGUAUGCUGAUCAUUUCCUUGAUAAAAGCAAAGAAAGCAGACUAAAUCGUGGUUGUUCAUUUUUGUCUCAGUGUAUGUCACUUUUAGUGACUGGGGCCAGGAUCCCCCACUUGAAAAAAAAUUGAACUAUCCCUUUGGUAUCUGUAUAUUCAUUGUCUGUAUAAUGAGGCUAUAGACCCACUCCAAAGUAUGAUUUUCUAUUCAUUUUUUAUUGUAAUUUUACACUUCGUAAUCAAACAUGUCUGAUAAAUCAUAUUCCUUUUUUGUGUAGGUGGUACCCUAUACACAGCAGCCACGAGUAACUUCCUAGGGACACUGUUUGAUAUCUCCCGAGCAACGGGCCCUGAGCAGGAGCGUAUCAGAACUGAACGAUCCAUCAACUGGCUCAGUGGUGAGACACAAAGUGCCCUAUCACACACCCAUCUCCAUGUGUUUUGGUUUAUAGUGCAAGAGUCAUUGUUAUUUUCCAUCUGUCACACAAGUAUACUGUGUGCUAGUAGUGGCGGUCCUUCAUCUGAUCCCAAAUGUCACAUAAUUUUAUAACAAAAACUUAAAAACAAACAAAAAAAACAUAAUUGUCUGUGUGUGCCUUUGACAGACCCAGAGUUCGUGAGCUCAGCUUUCAUCGAGCAAACUCCAGACAGCAACCCAACAGGAGAUGAUGACAAAAUUUACUUCUUUUUUACUGAGGUAGCCAAAGAGUAUGACCUGUACACCAAAGUCAAAGUGCCCAGAGUGGCAAGAGUCUGCAAGGUAACUUCACUCUUAAUUUGAAUUAACAAGUGAAUUGUUUAUUUACACUUAUUUAUUAAAACCUCUCAUACAAAAAUCUGCCCACUAACUUAUCUUUUUCCCAUCUGUACAGUCGGAUGUUGGAGGGAUGAAGACUCUGCAGCGACGUUGGACCACCUUCCUCAAGGCUGAGCUGGUGUGUGAGGACAAACCUAGUGGUCAACGCUACAACAUCUUAACUGAUGUUUUUACCACUCAGCACACACCGGGCGACCCCAGUAGCACACACUUCUAUGGGCUGUUCACCUCCCAGUGGUAGGUUCAAAUGAAACACUGAAAAAUAAAAGUACAAACCAUUUUGUUUGGUACGUUUAAGUUACGAUGUAUUUAAAGUUUGAUUUAAAGAUUAAAAUUUCCACAUUUUCAUUCCUUUUAUUCUCCACAUUAUAACACCAUAACUUGUAUUGUUCUAGCCUAAAAUGGAUCAUAUAACUCAGCAUAUACUAUUGAAAUUUAGUUGAUAUGUUACAACACAUGACAGAGUGGGUGGUGGUAACACACCUCUGAGCUGGUUGGACAACAAAAAACAGCAUAUAUUUUAUAUCGAAUUAUGACAUGAUGAGUCUUUUGUUUUAACAUGAUAACUUAGCACCUUAUAACAUGCUUAAUUUAGUGUUAUGACAUUAAUCAAGUUACAUAUCACCUAAAAUACAUAGUUUUGACUGUAAACCAAUACCUUCUGUUGUCUUGUGUCCUCAGUUUAAAAUGGGAAUACUAAGCCCUAAUUUCCCCGUUUUUUUCAGGGAGCGUGAAGAGUUAUCAGCAGUGUGUGUUUUCAGUUUAUCUGACAUUAGCAAAGUGUUAGAUGGUCCCUUUAAAGAGCUGAAGAAAACCUGUGAAAACUGGAUCAAUCCUGAACCUGUUCCCACACCAAGGCCUGGUCAGGUACUGAACAGUAAAACUACAUGUUUUCAACUCUCCUCUCAAUAUAGAGUAGUUUUUUUAUUUGUUAAACUCCGUGUGAAUGACUAUUUUUCCCUCUUUCACAUAUAUUUUUAGUGUCUGAACCAUGCUUUGAAGGCUGAGGGGUAUGAGUCUUCCCUUAAACUCCCUGAUAAGGUGCUGACAUUUGUCAGAGACCACCCACUGAUGGAGAACAGUGUCACUGCAGCACCUUUACUGGUUCGUAAGGGAAUCACAUACACCAAACUAGCUGUAACACAAACAGGCACCGGAGAAGAGCUGAAAGGAGCGGUGCUGCACCUUGGAACAGGUGAGAACACAAGAGUGGGAUAAUAUCGAUGUAGAGAGAUCAACUUGAAGUAAUUGUCAAAGUAAGACAACAAAAGAGAAUUUGGGAAACAAAGAAAGGAUUUGGCAGAUGUAAAAAUGUAUAUCCAAAUACUGUCAAAUACCUACUAUUGGAUUUUUGAAGGGAAGAAAACAAAGUUGUGUAUAUAAAAGAAAAAUAUAAUUUGAAUACAAGUUUUUUUGUAAUCAAUAUUAAAUAUGUGUGUUUGUCAAGACCGUGGAGAGCUCCACCGGGUGGCAGUGGUGGGCCAGAACACCACCUUACUCCAGGAGGUUGCUUUGUUCACCUCACAAGAGCCUGUUAACAAUAUACUACUGCACCAGGUAGACUCCUUUGGCAUUUGACACAUCCCACAAUGCAAGUAUACUAAAUCACCACAUAAGAGUAUCCCAGAUGUUGCUCAGUGACUCUGUUCUGGUUCUCUGUUUUUCUAGGGCAAGGCUCUGGUGGGCAGUCCUCUGUCUCUGGCUAGUGUCCAGGCUGAGGGCUGUGCUUUAUAUCCCAGCUGUCAGGUGUGCGCCAGAGCCAGAGGACUGGGCUGUGUGUGGAGCACAGUUGAGGAAGUCUGCAGGCCUACAACAGCAAAGUGAGUACAAUAAUAUUACAAUUAAAAAAAGGAUUAAAAUAAAUUAUAAAAGGGGGGAUGACAAAGUUAUUGUUGUUAUCCUGACCUAUUUGUGUUCAUUAAGUAAAAUCAUGUUGGGUUUUUGCUGCAAAUAUCAGCCGUUAAAAUAUUUAGGUAAUACAAAAGUAUGUUGUUAUGUGGAAAAGUGUGUGUUAUCUGAACAUUCGAUAAAAGUUAUCAGUAAAAAACUAUAUGUUUGGGACUUUAGACUAUACCAACUAAUGAUAAAGAACUAGAAAUACAUCAGUGUUGUUUUCACCAACGAAAUAUUUUCAUCAACGUCAUUGCCAACGAAAACAGCACUGAAAUGCACACACCUGUAAGUUCUCUGUUCCUUUUAAAACAAUAAUACAAAUGUGUGGGUCUAUUUUGUGUGCUAUCCAGUCCUGGUCCCGGUGAUAUAGUGGAUGAUGCCUUAAGAAAAUGUGACAACGAAGAUGGUAAGUGUGCGACAAAAUUUAAAAAAUUAUCCCCUGUACAUUGUGAUUUUUGAUAUAAAAUUUUUGACUUCCUGUUUUUUUUUUCUACCUCAGGACGCUGCAACCCAGCCAUCAGGGAACUUCGAGUUUCUAUUGGCCUGCGUCUUUUGUUGCCGUGCACCCAGCUGUCUCCCAGGCCCUGUAGCUGGGAGCACCCUCCACACAGACAUACCAGGCAACACAACUCUGACCUGGAGGUGACAGUGACUGAUGACAGCCUUGGAAGAUACGUCUGCACAUGCCAGGUUAAAACAUUCAAUAUACCAAGUCAUAAUUCCACAACUGCUUUGUGAAUGUAUGAAUAUAAGACUUUUAUUGAUUUUAUUUUGUGCGUCAUGUAACUCCACUUUAGGAGGCAGGACCAGGUAUCAGAGAUCCCACCCCCUGUCGUAGGGCAGCCUACCAGCUUUCCCUUGAAGGUCCAAGUAUUGGAGGAACCAUUGCAACAGCAGGGGGUCGUCAUGUCUUGGCCAUCUACAUCCUUUUCUUCUGCGGGGGUUUAGUGUUUGGCAUAUGUCUCCUGUACUUUGCUACCCGUAGGCGCAGUAUUGGCCACAAGGGUAAUCACCUGCCGGACAAUUCCCUAUCUUCAGAGAAAGGACGAGACUUGCUGGGCUCUUCAGCCACACCACAGUCGCCUAGCAGUGCCAGCCUGCUGUCAGAGGGAUUCAGACUGACGGAAAAACGUAACGGUACUGCAACCUCAAACACAUCGACAACACUCCUCAGCAAUAAUGGUAAUGGUGGCGCAGUGAUUCACAACAAACCAAGCAAUGGCCACGGAAAUUCCCUGUAUGCUAACUGCAACACAAGUAACAGCGGGCUGAAGUUCACCUCUGAAAUAUUAACUGCAAACCUGCUCGAUGGAAGAACAGAGGAGCGGAAGAGAGGGAGGCCGAAGAGGAUAGAGAGGGAGUCAGGGGAUGGGGGUGAAGCUGAUGACGGGCUGGAAGAUGGAAUGGGAGAUGCGAUGAAAGGACUAGUGGAAGACUUAGCCAGCUUCCCCAUGUUUAAAUCACCAGCACCACUGGCUCAAUGUGAAGAAAGUUCAAUAUGAAAUGGUGAUAUAAAUGUACAACCGAUUGCAUCAAUUUGCAUCUCCCAAAUAAACUGGACGCUGCUGGGAUGUGUGCAGAAGAGCUCCCUGCAAAUGCCUUUGAAUGGGAGAUGUGGCAUGAAGACAGACUACAAAGAUGUACGUGGAAUAUACAGUUUAAGUGUACGUUUAAGUGUGUGGGGAAGAAAUGCAAGACAGAAAGCCUUUUCUAUCAUUGUGAAUCACUCAGGAGGAACCACAGCUAAAUAAAUACGAAACAUGCACCUAUAAAACAUGUUUAUGAGCAGUCUGAACUCGACUGUGGACAAAGAGUUACGUGUAAUGCACGAAUAAAUAGUGCAAAGAAUCAAAAAUGAAGUGUCUUCGUAUAUAGACCUGGAAAAGCCAUAUUGUUGUUGAUCUUAACUUAUGUUGUUGUUCUCUUCUCAUGAAGGAAGUUGCUGUCAUUAUUUAUAUCUCAUCGCUUUGACACACUACUUAACUCCCAGUUACUGACUGGCUGAAAAAGCACUAAAUGACUGCUGCACUACAGACUGUCCGGUGAGAGUGUUCCCUGGUUUUACACUAAAACAAAGAGAUGACACUGUAAGGAACUAGAGGACCAGAACUAGACUGUGUGUCCCUUAGAUGGACUGCUGCACCAGCAUGAGCUGUCCCUGCCAAGAGGAUGUUGGAUUGUCUCAUUGUCCAUCUUAAAACGCACAACAGGUGUAUGUAAAUGACAGCUGCCAUCAAGGCAAAGCUAGGCAGAAGGCAAAUGAUUUUUUUCAACAGGAUGUGAAAAUCAUUCCAGCCUCACAGUAUGAAACAAACCACACAUAAAGACACUAGCGCAUCGUUUUGUGAGUGUGGAUUUUAACAUGUAAAUGUAUUGAUUUUGUCAUAUUGUUUUGUAAUAAAGCCUUCAAAACUUGCUGUCAGCCUGGUAUUGCUUUCCGUAAGACAGUGAUCAAAAUAUGAGUUUGAGGAAGUGAAGGGAUGUCAGGAUGUGACCCUUUUGUUACAUAAAUUAAACAAAUAAUGCGUGGAUAAUGAUGCUGAACUUUGCACCACAUUCACCUACAGUUGUGAUUUAGUUUUGAUUCCACCUUAAAUAAAAAAAAGCACGGUUUUGACCACUGGAUGGAAGUGUUCAUCUUAACAAUAGCCCAUGUUACAACAGAUUCUGCACAUCAUACCUGUUUUGAGGUCAGUU